CAACAGAAUAUUAAAUAUGGUUUUAAUAAUUAACAUAAAAAAGAAGAGGGGUAGGUCCUAAAAUAUAUAUUCCAGUUGUCAUAGAGCAGACAAGGAAAGCCAUACAAUGGGGAGGAAAGUCUACAAGUUUCGGGGCUGACACACAAACCGCCCUCUGGCGGACCACAUAAUAAUUAUAGUAAUAAUUUAUUAUUUAUACCCCACCCAUCUGGCUGGGUUUCCCCAGCCACUCUGGGCAGCUCCCAACAGAAUAUUAAAGCACAAUAAAACAUCAAACACUGAAAGCUUCCCUAAACAGGGGAAUUAUAUUAUUAUGUAUUAUUAUGUUUAUUAUUAAUACCCCAGUCAUCUGACUGGGUUGGCCCAGCCAUUCUGGGCGGCUUGCAACACAUAUGAAAACAUAAUAAAACGUCAAUUUGGGGGGGAGGGACACUCCAACUCCCAAGUGUGGGGGAAUUCCCGAGAGGCUCCCCCUGCGAUCUCCAGCCCCACGCGGGAAGGACGCGGUUUUUCAGCUAUUUCCGAUCCCAUCUCCCCUCGCUUCUUAGCGUGACUGAAGACUUCCGAGCAAGCACGCGAUGCCAAGGAGCUGCGAGCUAAGCAGGCGCGCGCUCUUCCGGCCUCCAUUGCCGAGCCCUGCAAUUACCCCCCGACGUACGCGGGAGCGAGCCGCGCCUGCCGCUCCGCCCCCGGCAAGAGCGGGACAACUUUCUAACUCGUGCCGGGGAGGGAGGCUGGCAUCGGGGGCCCUCGCUCCCCUUUCGCGGAAGAGGAGCGUCAGGCAAGUGCCUGUGUCUCGCCUCGCACCUGCCCGCCGUCUCGAAGGCAGCAACAGCUGGAAGCCUCCGAAGGCUCCAGGGAAGCGGGCGCAGCAGCAGCUGCUCCGCUCCCCGCGCCGCAAAACACAAAAGGCGCAUUCUCCCGCCGGUCGGGCACGCCAAGCUCGCUUCCUCCCAUUAACGCGCAGCUGCGAUCCUAUGCUGCACUGACGCACAGCGGCGAUCCUAUGCAAGCCCUCUUCGAGCAGCCUCGGCUUGAGGUGGUGGGAAUCCCUUCCUAGGGCUCUGGGUUUGUGCAAGCGUCUUUUUUGGGGGGGGAAGGGGAACUGAUCUCUGCGCCGAGAUCCCCCAAGUGCCGCCUUUCUGCGGGAAGCGCGAUCGCUACAGUGCAAGCGAAGCCCACCGCGGCGGGCGGGAAGAGUCCGGGGCGCGCAGAACAGCCGCGAGCCGCCUCGAAAACGUAAUAACGGCGGCAGAACGAGGCGCGAUCGCCGAACGCCUCUCUGCCCGCCCGCCCGCCCGCCUGCCUCGCCGCCCAGCGUGGUCGUGGCGCUGUGUGGCUGGUGGUGGGCCAGGCUCCGCCUCGCCUCGCCUCUCCUCCCCGGUGCGUGUCUGGGGGCGGAGCGCGUCGCUCUCCGGCGGCGGCAGCAGGCGCUGUUGCUGCUGGACUGGCGGGCCAGGCGGCCGCGGCUCCUCCCCGCUUCCUUAUCAGCCGCGCCGAGCGUGGGAGCGCCGAGCCCUCCUCGCUCGCCGCCGCCGGUUCCAAGUCCCGCUUCUGGCGGAGGCGAUCAGGAAGCAGCGCAUCCGGAGCUCCGGCUGCGUCGAGGCGCCCGGGCGGCUGGCUGCCCUUCGCCGGCCCCGCGCGGCUGCCUCGCUCCCCUUCGCGCCGGAGGAGCUCGAGCGGGGGAGCCCUCUCGCCUUUCCCCGAAACUCCCGGGCAUAUCUUGGUGGAUUUGUAGAGGGGCCCCGACGGGAGGGGAGAACUUGCCCCGAGGGACUCGGAGAAGCGGCUGGAGGCUUGGCUUCGCCCCGGCCCCGCUGGCUGGCGUCCGCCCGGCCCCGGUGGGAACUUUUGUCCUUCCUGCCGAGCUCUCCGGCCCGGCGGCGGGGCCGGGAUUGUUGGAGAUCGCGCUCAGAAGUUUAGUUGGAGCCGGAGCCGGAGCCGCCGUCGCUACUGGGCGGGGUAGGGCGCAGGGCGCAUUUGGGUAGCUGCGCUCGGGGCUCUUUUUUGUGCUUCUCCGCCUUUGCUCGGCGCGGCGAUGAAGCUGAGCCGGCAGUUCACGGUGUUUGGCAGCGCGAUCUUCUGCGUGGUGAUCUUCUCGCUCUACUUGAUGCUGGAUCGGGGCCACCUGGACCACCCCAAGAACCACCGCCGCGAAGGCUCCUUCCCCCAGGUGAGUUGGUGCGGGGUUAAGGGGCAGAUGGAUCGCGGGUGCGCGUGUUUGUGUGUGUAUUUGUGUAUCAUACAGGCUUGUCUCGCAACUGUGAGCAGUUACCAGGAGAGAAGGAAAUGCAGAAAGCUCGUUUUAGCGACCAUAAACCGAUUCCGGAUCAGUGCCCUUGCCCGUAGAUAGGAUCUGAGUCAAGUGGGGUUGGAGGUUAGGGUGUCUCCGGAAAGGAAAGGGGAAGUUGCUCAUACUUCCCCCUUGUUCGAUGGAGAGUGGGGGGCACUAGGAGACUCCUAUCUGCCCCCUUUCUGCGCCCACUUAUCAGUCUGUUUCGAUGGGACGAAUUCCCGGGUGGAAACUGCACGUGGGAUUGUAGCCUUCCCCUUGGGAAAAGUCGCAUCCUGACCGACUUCGAAUCUUCUUAGUGCCCUACUUUCUAUGUUGGGUAGGCUUAAUUCGAGCCGCAGGCCAGUCCCGGAGCCAGAUUUGAAUGUCACCCUCGGCACAGCCUUGGAGUACGUACUUUAGUAAUAAAAAGUGCCUGCUACUAUCGGUCCUAUACUUACUCCAGAGGAGUCAUAGCCAGGGAGUAGGGUGCAAGGCUUCAGACAGGUGGCGAGGCUAUCAGAAAAGGACUACAAUACUCUGCUGCCCUAAAAAAGACCUGGGAAACAAAGGGGAUGGUGGCUGUUAACUGCUUGAUAGGAGAGCUGCGUGAAUGUGGGAGGGAAACUCAUUUGGAGACUGGAAAAAGCAAGUUUUUCCUGUGUGCCUGUUAAAUGGGUGCUCUACUGGUCCCAAGGCACAACUGUUUUUUAUUUGCAAAGUCUUAUUUUUCUCAUCCUCUAUAUUCCCCCUUAGUCCCCAAAUAACUCAAGGCAAAAUACAUGGGAGUUGCCCUGUUUUUUUUUCUAAACAAAAAUUAUUUGGCAUACUUCAGGCCCUGUGUGCGAGGCUGGACUAAGGCUGCCAAGUUAGCUUUGAGCUAGGUUUCCAUGUUUGAAAUCCAUUGUAGUUACAUUACAUUAUCAAGUUACUUGCUUGUUGCUAGAAAGUUAAUACAGUGUGAAAACAUAGGGCUUAUUUUCUACACAUAAACACACCUUGUUUUAUGAUUUGUACUUUUCCUGAUUUUAUAUGACAAGUACAAAUCAACCAAAAGAGUUAUGUCAGGCUGAAUAAUUUCCCCGGGAUAUAUAAGAGGGUGUGCUUGCUUCUGAGACAGGUAACUUUGGCACAAAGAGGUGUGCAUUUGAAUUGGAUAAAUGAGGCUUUUCAACUGCUUAACAGGUUAGAAUGUACUGCUGGAAAAGAAUUGAAAUUAGUAUCUUAUAUCAGUAGGGAAGAGCUUAUUUUAUUUAAACCAGCUUUUCCUGCAGAUCAUGGCCUAAUGCUCAGAACUGUAAAACUUAACGUGGGUUGUGUAACAAAGUAAGUGUAUUUCAACAUUGAGUACAGGGCUGAGGUGGGGGAAAUCUUGCUCUUUUCCAGCUCUGUGGUUCUAAAAUUUCCAAAUUCCUAUGCUAUUAAGUAAAGUAUAGUUACCAAAGAUUGCUAGUAAAUCUCUCAUCUCUUGCGUAACCCGUGCUUUAAUAUGCACAUUCUAGAAAGUGGUAUCCUUGCCUUUAUGGAGCACAGAUAUUAUGGAAAUAAUAGGUUUCUGAAGUGUUUAGUGCUUGGAUUAUUUUUUUUUUAAAAAAGCUGCUUAGAAAGUUUUCCUGUGCAACAGUACGCCAGCACGCUAGGUUGCAUAGGAAGAAGGCCUUUGGAAGCUGUUGGAAAGAGUUGUGACAUUCCUGGUUUUGUGUUUGAGAGAGCCCUUAGCUCAGCAGCGGCUUGAAAAUAGAGGGUUUUCUAGUUACUCCUGGUAACUUUUGUGGUGUGAUUAUCUCACCACAAAACACACUCAAAUCAAUAGUUGCUGCCACUUACUGAGGGAGCAGUAUGGAUUCUUACUACUUCAUUUAAAAGAUCCAGUUAGGGUACUGAGUUGCAAGUAUUCCACCUUUGGCCCCUCUCAACAGCCAUCUUCCCUCCCUAAAGGGAUAAUGACCAGUCUUUGCUGAACAGAUAAAGCACUCAUGUGAGGUGACAAGAGCCUAGCUUAGAAAGCUGUUCAGAUCAAGUUUCCUUAACCAAGAAGAUCACUUUAUUGUUUAAAACAAAACAUUAAAAAUGCACUUGGGGAAAUAAAGGUAAAAUGCAAUUUCUAGUUUAAAACGAGCCUCUCGAUAAAUGUGUUAGACAGAUGUUUAUGCUUGCCUGGUUACAGAUCCAGAGGAAAAGGCAGUAAUUCUUAUUGAAAUUCAGGACCUUUCUACUUGGCAGAAAGGUACAGUGUAGUAUUCAUUAGUUCACCAUUAAGCCUCCUACAAUAUUCCUGGUUGUAUACUUGGCUGUGAACUAGCCCCAGGGCACGAUCUGAUCUUGAAUGGCAGACCAGGGCAAGUUCCAGCUUGUCUUCACAGACAGUGUGGCAUCUGGGGUGUUCUGAUACUGUCUAGAGUGUCAGCUUAAGAAACAGACACACAGUUCGCCCUUUGAAAAAUAGGCAGGCUGGCCUCAGCAGAUGCAGACUCAAAGCGAUCAUAUUUAACUCAGAUGGCGUCAUAUAUUCCUAACACUACAGAUAACUUAAUUGCCUUGAGCACUUGUUUCUUCAGUAUCCCAAAGUUUUUUGUGAAGGGAGGAAAUGUGUGAUAAGGCAUGUGAAGUAGUUCCUUUUUACCAUUUGCAAGCAUAGUGUCAAACAAAAGGACAUUGUUUAGUGCAUUUAUAUCUAGCCUUGCUUCCGUCAUGAAACUCAACAUCUGUACAAGGUGGUGUACUUUGGGUUCCCAGGUGGUCUCCCACCCAGGCACUGUCCAGACCGAAAUAGACUAGAUAACAAGUAUAGCUUUGGUUCUAUUCUAUGUAGAUUCUGGACAUUUUAAUUGGAAGUUAAAUUCAGUGUGUUGACAUGUGGUUCUCCAAUACGUGUUGGUUGAAAUCUAAAUAAUAGGAUUUACACAGUGCUGUUUUUCUAGAAAAAAGAGGUGCUGGAACUCAGCAUGAUCUCCUCUCUCAUUCUCUUAGAAUGGCCAUGGUGCCCACCUGAGAGAUGCUGGAACUGAGUUCCAGAGAGUUCCGGAAGGAAAAAAAAAGCCCUGGAUUUAAGGCCUGUUAGUAUGCAGAGUCAGGCAUAUUUUAAAAUAUUCAGUGAGACCAGUGGAUUUAAGUAAACCUAAUUCUUCAUAGGAUUGGGCUGUUAAUAUGCAAGUGCUGAAAGGAACACAGUCCUGGUAGUUGUGGAGUUUUCUGACUGGAAUGAGUUUGUCUCUUGCUGCAUCAGUUUGUCAGUUCUUUCAGACUAGGGAUUAAAGCCUUCCCAACCCAAAGGGAUUUAUACACAUCCUUUCCAUUCACAGCCAAUUGUGUGUGAUCUUGUGCCCACAAUACACAAAUAUCCAGAGACUGAGGGUCAUGAGUCAGACGGCACGCAUGUCAUAGACAUAGGAGACUUCCUGGUACACCCAUGGAAGACUCUAGUGGUGCUUUGCUGUGGCCCUUUCCCCUAAAGAAAGGAAACUAAUGUUUAAGAAACUAAUUCUGAAGGUCCUGAAGUUUUUAAGCGUGGACAAAAUGAAAUGAAAACCCAAAACAGCAGAAGACCUGCUACAGGUUUACAACAUAAUACUGUGCACAAUUCAGAAGGGGAGAGGGUGAGGGCAUAUUGCGGGGGGGGGGGGGGGGAUAGGCAAGAUCAGGCACCAGUCAUUACACAAUACUUGAUUUCUUAAAGUGAGAAACUUGACUUAAAGUCACUUCAGUUUAAAAAUCAAUAUGUACUUUGGCUUUGGGGGUAGAGUUCAGUGAAGUGCUCCUCAGCAAACUGAAUCUGUGGAGAUGGCAAGGCAGCUCCACACAUUACAGAGUACAGAUGGGUAAACAUCAACAUUUUGGCAUGAUUGAAGGACACUUGAACACACAAUCCACAUGAGGCAAGGCAGAUCAAAUGCACUUUUCCUGUAACGUCUGAAGAGAAUUUAGCAUAGGGGCCUAGUUUGCACGUUCACAGUAAACCAUAGUUAGUGGGUUUAAUUUGAACACAUAUUUGUGGUCUGUCUUGCUCCCUCCCUGCUAGCACUGGCUCUGUGUUACAUCUGUAGUGUCGCUGUCAACGAAACAAACAAAACCGACAAAAUUGUUCUGGUGUUCAGUGAGGCAGAGCUCUAUUGUAGCUCAGGUUCUUAAAAUAAAACAGCAGCACCUAGUUCCUCAAAGCUAAGUACCUCAAAAUCAGCCUGCAGCAUAGCAUUGUUUUUUAUUCUCUCUGUAUCUAUGUCGAACAUUUGUUUUGAGCCUUCCAAAGUUGGACGUAACAGUAAUCCAGGGGUCAAGGUUUGCUUCAUCUGCACAUAAGCAGGAAGAAGCAAAAAAGCCCUUUUAAACUUUCCUCCCUGUGUUAUCAGUGUUUCUACCUGUUCUCAAAUGUGCAAGCGUUUUGCAAACUUUACAGAACAGACACAAUUGACCCAGGGUGGUAAUGCACAGACUUGUUCUGUCACAUGCAGAGCAGAUCUCUCUGUGUGUGUCUCUCUCUCUCUCUCUUUAUAUAGUUGAAAUAUCAAAGAAUAUGACUAUCUGGAUGUUCAAUGGUUUCCUAGUUGAGCAAAGUUAUUCCAAAGGGUAAGACUCCUUCCCUGUACAUUUUUAAAUUAAUCCAUCCAAGCAUGCAGCUGAAAGUUGUUAGAAGAACAAUGAAAAGUACGACUUGUGUUUGCAAAAGGAGUCAGCUCUGACUUUCAGCAGCAAAACAAGAGUUUACUGAUUCAUUUACGGGCUGCAAGCUGAAUCUUGCUAGAUCUGUUAGUGGGAAAACAGAUCAAUGUUUCUAUAACACAGCACUCGCUAACAGCUCAAAAGAUAACCUCAAGGCAUUUUGGCCUUAAAGUGUACAUGGCACAAAAUGCCUAGCUCUGUUUGGAUAUGAUCCUCCCUGGAAAGUUUUGUGCCCUUUUUAGAUUUAUUGAACGAUGUGACACUUGGUAUGAAUGCCAUGAAAUAAUUAGUUAAGUGUGGUUUUUCUUAAAUUUAAACUUCUUCAUUUAAACAAAGUGACUCUCUGGUUUUCUAAAGCAGCAUCUAAGUGAAGCUAAAGUUUCAAAAAUAUAAACAGGGUUGUCAUUACUGUCUGAAUGGAAACUUCCAAGUCAGGCUUCCUCAACCUCUGCCCUCCAGAUGUUUUGAGACUACAAUUCCCAUCAUUCCUGACCACUGAUCCUGCUAGCUAGGGAUCAUGGGAGUUGUAGGCCAAUACAUUUCCCAUCAUUCCUGACCACUGAUCCUGCUAGCUAGGGUUCAUGGGAGUUGUAGGCCAAAAACAUCUGGAGGGACAAGGUUGAGGAAGCCUGUUCCAAGUAGUCCAAAAUUCAACUGCUAAUUACUGGCUGGGGUUCCCUUCAGAAUGCAUAUAAUGCCUGUUUUAAAACAGCUGCAUUGAUUACCAGUCUGGGCCCAAUUCAAGGUGCUCACAUUAAUGUUUGAAACCCUAAAUCAGUGUUCCCCAACCUUGGGCCUCCAGCUGUCUUUGGACUACAACUCCCAUCAUCCCUCGCUAGCAAGACCAGUGGUCAAGGAUGAUGGGAAUUGUAGUCCAAAAACAGCUGGAGGCCCAAGGUUGGGGAACACUGCCCUAAAUGACUUGGACGCCAAAUAUCUGAAAAACCACCUCCUUCUCUAUAGACCCUCUUGAGUAUUAAGACCAGCAGUGGGAGCCCUCUUGGUAGUUCCACCUCCCUCAGAUGUUGGGCGAAAAAAGGUAUUAUGUGUGGCAGAUGUGUUUGGCAUCUUCAUUAUGCAGCUUUUAUCGUAUGAUAAAGACGCACCUCUUUGCCCUGACCUUUGAUACUUGAGAUAAUGUGUUUUCAGGACCUACCCUAUUCCUAUGGCUGUCCUUUGAUCAAACAGCUUUUAAUGUUGAUUUUUAGAUUGUUUUGACCCAUCUUGUGACUUCCUGGUGAAGUUCAGGCUGUAAAUAUUAAUAACAAUGCAGUAACAACAUAAUCUGUUGUAGUGUUCCUAUAAUCAUAGAAUUGUAGAGUUAGAUGGGACCGCGAGGAUCAUCUAGUCCAACUCUAUUGAAUCUUUUGCACAACGAGGCAAAAUCUCCCAAAGGGCAGUGUAACCAUCUCCUAACCUUAGUUGGAGCUUAGGAGCAUGUUGUGGGGUCUCAUUCCUCCUUUUGUCUGAUCUGUCAUUCCCCAUGCAAACUUCCCCUUCCCUAGAGGGGAAGACUUGGGAGAUCUGAAUUUAUAUGUCUGCCAGUGUUAGACACUCAGAUAUAUGAGCUAAUUGCCAAACGGCACCUAAAACCCAGGUUACAGCCGCCACAACGGAAUGUCUAGACCAGGCACCCCCAACCUCCGGCCCUCUAGAUGUUUCGGCCUACAACUCCCAUGAUCCCUAGCUAACAGGAGUAGUGGUCAGGGAUGAUGGGAAUUGUAGUCCAAAACAUCUGGAGGGCCGAAGUUUGGGGAUGCCUGAUUGAGACACCUUUUUUAAAAAAAACAAUGAAAUUUAUGAUGAUGAUGAUUCAUUUCAUUUCUAUACCUUUCUAUAUUUUAAAGAAAAAAUAUAGCUGUUUACAACACGUUAAAUAAAGUAAUUCGGUAUAAAACAAAUAUAAGCUUCAAUAAAAAUAUUUCAAACCCUUCCCUAAGUGACAUUUUGCUUUCUCCAGAUUUAUUUACCUACUUAAUUUAUAUAGCUGCCCCAAAGCAGAAGUACUCUAGGAACCCAGUAUAGUGUAGUGGUUAGUGUUGGACUGGGAGAUCAGAGUUCAAAUCCCUACUCAGUCAUGAAGCUCACGGGUUACUUUGGGCCAGUUGCUGUAGGGAUUAACUGAGGAGGGGAGUACUCCUUGGAGAAAAAGAUGGGAUAUAAAUGCAAUAAAUAAGCUCUUCUGCUUACCUUCUUAAGAAAGCUGGUGGGGCCAGCCAGAUGGAGAUGUCAGUCGCCAACUUGGCAUCCAGUGAUCUCCAUGUGUUCGCAGCUGGACUUGUGCAAGUCGCAAAAUACUCUUAGCGCCCGGGGAAUUUUUAACAUUGAAUUGUCUGCUCAGCUAUUAAGCUCGCUUGGUAGUAUUGUGCAAAUCACUUUUAUCAGCUAAAUUGACUCUGAUUACUGAGUUUUGGAUACCCAGAACUCUGCAUUGCUUCAGUGCGCCCCACAGCUGGGAGGGGGCAGGAAGCCCAUGAGUAAAGUAAAAUUAUGAAUGAAGCAAUUCCUCUUCUAAAACUACUUUUAUCUGUUGCAGCAAAAACAACAGUUUUGCAUCACAAAGCCAAAGCUUUUUAUUAUAGCAUAAGAUUUCAAGGAAGUGGACUGUAGUCCAUGAAAGGUUACAUUCGCCAAAAUAAGUGUAUUAUCAUUAGGUGCUGUAAAAGUCUUUCAUUUUUCCUUUAAAGCUGUUAUAUUCUUAAAGUAUUUUUUAUAUUCCAGAAUGUUACUAAAGAAUGAAAGCCUUCAGCCCUGUGAGAAUCCAUAAUUGCAAAUACAAAGAAUUCAAGUUUUGUAUUGUUCGAGAUGCAACUGUGAAUUAAUUGAGGUUGUGAGGUUUCAAAAAAUACUAAGUAAAUUUUAUACCUGAUGCUCCUGCUUGAAGCAAAGCAGGAACCAACUUGCAUGUGGUUGCAAAACAUUACUUCUGUAGCCAAAUAUCAUAUCUGUGUUCCCUGGAAUCAUUAGUUCAGGUGUUCCAAAAUUAUGGUAAUAAUUUGAAAUGCACACCGCUCGCUCAUUGUCUUAACUGGAAGUGAUUUUGUUGUUGUAUAAUUCUCAAGGACUGCUAAGAUUAGAAUGUUUCAGAUAAUUUUGGCCUUAGACAUUUGGUUAAUGUACCACCAGGGGGCAUGAAGUAACACUUCAGUGCUUUAGCUCUUUUUUAAAAAAAACUUUCUCAGUGCUGCCAUAAUAUUUAUAAAUUGCUUUCAGAUGUUCAGCUUUGCAGAUGCCAGAAAGAAUACUGCGAACCUUUGUAUCCCCCCCCCAAAAAAAAUCUGUCACAUCAAAGGAAUGAUCUAAUCAGCAACUAAGCAACUAGUGUGGCUUGUAAACCUGAUAAAAACUGUAACAUUUUGAAUGGAAAGGUCUUAAUGAGCCUUCCUUUUAGAAAGCAGCUCAUUCAGACAGAAGCUUAAAAAAUGCAACUGUGUAUUAAGACAGAAAAUAAAGGAGCUCGCUGCAAAGGAUCUAGACUGGGGGAAAGACAACAACCCCCAGGAUUCCUGCAGAAAUGCUAAUAAGAAAAAGAAAUGCCCCGAAGGAGAAUUUACAUGCUGUUGAAUGGAUUAGCGUUACUGUACCUGGUGUAAAACAGGAUGUAUUGUCCUUCAGUAGAUAGAAUUUGAGUUUUAGCUGGUUCAACGUGUGUUCCUGUGCAUUUUCUGUUGUGGACUUGGGGCAGAUCACUGUCUUUAAACUUUCUUUUUAAAAAAAUAAUUUUUAUUGUUUUUUACACAUGUUUUCCAAACAUAACAUAACAUCCCAUCUUAUACACUAUAAUAAACCUUUGGCUACCACAGCCUAGGACUUCCAUCAACCUUGACUAAUGGUUUUCCAGCUUUCUUUCUGAUUCUGCAUUUUAUUUUAAUAGUUAUUGCUAUAAAAUCCAAAUCCUAAAUAAACUCCCCCUUAGUUCUUUUUCUCAAUAAUUCAUGUAGUUCUCCUUACAAAACUUCUUGCAACCCUACAAGCGAUGUCAGUUGAUUACAAUUGUCUUUCAAAUAUAUCAUAAAUUUCUUCCAAUCUUUCAGGAAAGUCUGGUCUUGCUGGUUCCGAAUUUUCCCAGUUAAUUUCGCCAACUCAGCAUAGUCCAUCAGUUUCAUCUGCCACUCUUCUUUUGUUGACACUGUCUUUAAACUUUCGGUCAUCAGUAGAUUAAAAGUUGCUGUUUUAGAUUGUUGUAGCAGUGUUAAAACUGGUAUAUAAACGAUCGUUUUACAUUUACAUAAAAUAGGUAGCUGACACCUUUCAUGGCUCCGCAUUUUUCCUCAAGUGCAUUUGGUAGUUGGUUAAAUGAUCCUAGUCUAGACCAGUUUGCAACCAAUAUGUUGGUGACAAUCCGCUUGACAACAGCUGUUGGACAUUGAACAACAGUUGCCAUUAGCAAGGAAUGCACUGGAGAAGUUACACUUCUCUGCACAGAUUAGUGCCUUUUUGUGCCUGGGGAAGGCAGCAUACAUGACACAAGCAAUAGCACAAGGGAAGAUGUGUGGAAAAACUCCCAAUAAACCAGGGAGGAAAUAACACCUGCUUCCCAGAACAUUGAUAGUGUGGACAAGCCUCAGCUGGUUGAACUUGCUCUUUUGCUCUCCUGAAACUUUUUCCAGUUCCUCUUGAAAACGGGUUAUUAAAAUUAUAUGUCGUAAAGAAAAUGUCUGCAUAUUAAUGAAAAUAUUAGACCAUCUUUUAUUAACUUUUGCAGCAGGCUACAAAACCUUUCAGUCAGGUCUUUCCUUAAUAGGAAGACAAGUUCUCAGAUGUGCUUUUAGUUGAAAACAUGGCUGAAAAGAAUUGAAAAGAUAAAAUUUGAAAACGUCUGUCUCUUCACUUGAUUUGUAACGGAUUUGGUCAGUGCUUUCUUACUGUUUUUUUUUAUAUUAAGACUUUUAAUUAUUGAAGAAAACAGUCUUCAUUAUUUUAAUCUUUUUCUGAGAAAGUUUUCUUUGGUCAUCAGGGGCUCUUCUUUUCCAUUUCUUUUCCUCUGGACUCUGAAGGCCUGUUUAGUAGAGUUGUGAGUUUCAUUCAGUACAAGUGGGAUGUGAAAUACAGUAGCUUGCACAUCUGAAGGACUAAUGUUGUGCCUCUCCACAGGGUCAGCUUUCAAUACUGCAAGAGAAAAUAGACCACCUGGAGCGCUUAUUGGCAGAAAAUAAUGAAAUAAUUUCAAACAUAAGAGAUUCUGUGAUCAAUUUGAGUGAAUCUGUCAAAGAUGGACAACGUACUCCAGAGGCUAUAAACUUCAGUCAAGGAAACUUCUCUGAGCUGUCACCUCUUGCCACUAUGUACCUCUCAGUUGACCCUGAGGAUUGUCAGUUUGCAUCAAAAAGUGGAAGCCAAGCUUCAGAUGUACAGGUAAGAAUAUAGUGAAUUUAUUGCUAUGGAUGAACUGAGUAUUUAAUUCCUUUCCUUGCAGUCUCACUGGGUGCUCAGUCAUAGGUUAAUCCAGUUUGUGCAGGGUUUUCCCCCCCUUCUUUAAGAAUGCACAGAAAGUCCACAUUUAAACUAGAAUUCUUGUAUAUACUUUUUACAUAAAAUACACCCGUCCAUAAAAUAUGCAUUUUGUGCAGAUCUUUUGCAAACCAAAAAGAAGUGUGUAAUGCAGGGGUCAGCAAACUUUUUCAGCAGGGGGGCGGUCCCUCAGACCUUGUGGUGGGCCGGACUGUAUUUUGAAGAAAAAAAAUAAUGAAUGAAUUCCUAUGCCCCAAAAAUAACCCAGAGAUGCAUUUUAAAUAAAAGGACACAUUCUACUCAUGUAAAAACACGCUGAUUCCCAGACCGUCUGCGGGCCGGAUUUAGAAGGCGAUUGGGCCAGAUCCGGCCCCCAGGCCUUAGUUUGCCUACCCAUGUUGUAAUGCAACUGGAAACCUCAGCCAAAGUCAGGAAAACAGACUAGACUACUUCCUCCUCCAUUCCUAACCACUACUAAGCUUUUUAAAAUGGGCCCUUAAGCGAGUUUCCCAAACAACUUAGUUGACUUGCAGGUUAGCCAAACAACAGUUGACUGUAAGUUAUACUUAAGUCAGUGGGACUUACAAGAAAAGGUGGCUGUGUUGCAGCUUGAGGGAUGUUUUUUGUUCAGUUCUUUGGUUUUAAGGAAUUGCCUCAUUCUUUCCAGGUGGAAUCUGAGUGGAUAACUGGUUGGCACUCUUGGCUCAUCUAAGAAAUGAGAGGUCAUGCAUGGUGUGACAUUGUAUAGUUGCAGCAUUCUCGUUGUACUUUGGGAUGAUUGUGCCCACAUAGAGUAUUUUUCUAUAGGCAUGUUAAAAGAUACAUCUUUAUGAUGCAAAUUACAUUAAAAAACUAAACUUAAAUCUGAAAAGCUAUAGCAUGGAUAUUAAAAUGUUUCAAGAUAUGAAGAUACUGAAUAAUGGGAGGUCUGCAAGCUCAAAAGAUUGAGCCAGGUUGCCAGCCUUGUUUUGUGUUAUAAGGCUUUUGCAAAUAAAGCACUGCUUAAGUCCAACAGCCAGAGAUUUGACUGUUUUCCCCAGGUCAUUAUGUAAAUGUCAGCUUUUGUUGGCAUUUUAGCUCUUGGCCAUGUGAAUGCGCCUGCUAUUCUUUCUCAGCUUCUUUGCUUUCUCUGACCUCUUUUUUCUUUCUUUUCUGGACAGUUUUCUUUCCCAUCCAUCAUAUUCAACACUCCUUCCCUCCUUUUUACUGUGGUCCAUUAACUGCCCAGGUAUCUGCUGCUUCUUUUCCUGGGCCACAGCAUCUUAUUAGGUUUCCUUGUUUAGACCCUUUCUGUCUCCAGUCAGUGACAGCCAAGUGACUUUUCUAACCCCUUCCAACAUUAAGAAAGUUUAGGUGAUUGUUGACGGAGGCUUCUGUGUCAUAAAUACAAAAAUAUUACUGCAUUACUGUGUAGAUGAAAGCCACUGUGGUAAGAUCAUCGUCAUACAAAUCCCCCAAAGGAGAAGAUAAUUCUAGUUGCAUUGAAUGGAAUUGAUACCUGGUCAGCAUCUCAGCAGUUGCAGUUAAUAUCAGUUAUGCAAACCCUGAUUUUGAUCCGAAAGAUUUUAUUCUGCAACAGAAUACUGACACACGCAACUGCGUGCUUUGCAAGGUUUAGAUAGGAUUUUAGUUUGUAGGACUGAAGAUUGAUGCCCAUGUUGCAGCAUCUUUAUUAAAAAGAGUGUAGAAUGCAUCGUGUCCCUUUGUUCACUUACUGUAAGGUGUAAUAGUUGCUUGGUUACCUUUGAGCAGGUUUUGUGGGAAAGGUAAGCCGUAAUUGCAGAAUCAAAUGUGUCAUGGAGAGUAGUCAUGCUCAGGCUUCCCUGUUUAUGUCUUGUACUUUGAACAGAUCAAGAAAAAGCACCCAUAUCAGCUCACUGUGUUAAUUCCUGAUUUAAUGCUGAUUCCAUCAACCUUGUGCUUGUAAUUAUAGUGGGUUAUUAAGACUCAUGUGACGGCACACUUAAAAAACAAAUCCCAGCAUAAAGACAGCGGGUUACUAUUGCUAGAAUACUUUCUUGCAUGGGACAAAGGGAGCUCAACGACAGCAACUAAACAUGUCUUUAAGACAGAAAAUAUUUAUACUCCUUAUUAGAGAUGGGGGGAGGGACUUCCAUGCUGCAGCUUGAAAGUGUUUUCAAGAAGUCUUCAUUAAAUAUUAGACAUAUAAAAGAUUUUUUUGAGCGUAAUUGGGAACUGCUGGUGUCUGUUGUUUCAUUGGUUUUUCUCAUACAUUUGUACCUUGGAAGUUCCAAAAUGUUUGGAAACCAAACCACAGCUUCCGACUGGCUGCAGGAAGCUCCUGCAGCCAAUCAGAAGCUGCGGAAGCCCCGUUGGACAUUCAGGUUCCAAAAGAACAUUUGCAAACCGGAACACUCAUUUUUGGGUUUCUGGCGUUCAGGAGCCAAAAUGUCUGAGUUCCAGGGCGUUCUGGAGCCAAGGUACGACUGUAGUCAUAUUUGAUGCCUUGUUCUUGUUCAGAAAGGAGUUAACACUCUAGGCAUGCAGAAAGUGGGGUUGUGGUGAUUACUGUUCACAUUCAGUAGGUGCAAAGUUUCAUUUAAAUAACUUAAUCAGAUACUUUGCUCAUGUAAAUUCUCAUUUGAAUAAAGAACAUAGACAAAUUUUCAGUGUGAGUUUUUUCCCCUUACUAUUUUUUUUUUAAAAAUAAUAAUUUGCAACUGACUACAGCCUUGCCUUUGUAAGUGCAGAACUGUGUACUUCAACCACUGAAUGUGUUCUCAUGUAACCUUUUUUCUUCAUCCAUUUUAGAUGCUAGAUGUCUAUGACAUUCUUCCCUUUGAUAAUCCAGAUGGUGGAGUUUGGAAACAAGGAUUUGAUAUCACCUAUGAUGAACACGAGUGGGACAGUGAACCUCUUCAAGUUUUUGUUGUGCCUCAUUCGCAUAAUGAUCCAGGUAAUACAAAAUUCUAAAAGGAUUUGGAGAUUUAUUUUUGCAUGGCAGUUGCCAUCUCUAUCUGCUGGGCCUCGAAUGUGGCUGAAAUGUGGUCCUUGACAUUCUUUCUGUGUAGGGCAGGUUUUAUCCCUUGUUAGGGCAGUACCACGAGGCAUAUCUGGCAAGUAAGAGUCUUAACACUCUAAAAUCCAGAGCCAUUUGAUUCUUUGGAUAAGACCAGUAAGCUUAUUUAAGGAACAGACGGAUUGCGAAAUGAUGCGAGCCCAAAGCUUGCAUGGGAAACAUGCCAUUAUUAUUAUUAUUAUUAUUAUUUACAUAAAACAGAAAAGGGCUAAAGCUAAUAACAUAUUCCAAUGGAUAACUGUAAAGUUCUGCAUUUACCUUGGAACAGAAGAUGCAGAAAUACAGGAUAGGUGAUGCUUGGUUUGGCAGCAGUAUAUAUGAAAAGAAGGUAGAAGUAUUAAUGGCACAUAGGCUAAAUAGGUCUGCAGCUUGAUGCGAGAUUGCAAAAGGCUAAUGCAGUUCUAGGCUGCAUCAAUAGAAAUAUAAGGCCAGUUCGCAAGAAGUAAUCGUACUGCUCUAUUCUGCUUUGGUCAGAUAUUACCUGGAGUACUGUGGUGAGUUCUGGCCAUGGCAGUUUAAGACAGAUAUUGACAAACUGGAAUUUGUUCAGUGAGGAGGGAGACAAAGAUGGUGAGGGGCCUGGAGAACAAAUCCUUUGAGGAGAGACUGAAGGACUCGGGAUACUUGGCUUGGAGAAGAGAUGAUUAAAAAGGCAAUAUGAUAGACAUCUUCAAAUAUUUGAAGGGCUGCCACAUAGGUGAUAGGCAAAAUGUAUUUUCUGUUACUCCAGAGGGUAGGACCUGAACAAAUGGGUUCAAGUUGUAAGACAAAGGAUUCAGAGUACAUGUUAGGGAGAACUUCCUAACCCAAUGUGUUUGCUGCUCAUUGUAUUUCUUUACAAAGGGGAUGGCCAUGCAACUGAACUGACUUUUGUUGGUUCACUUUUUAUUAUUUCAAAACGUGCUGUUCCCCAUGAACGUCAGCCAUCUUACAGCAUGAGUAGCUAAUUUGGUGACCUCCAGAAGCUGCUCCCGUCAGCCUCUGCCUUCAUAGCCAGUGGUGGGAGUUGUAGAUGGUUACACCAUUGUUUAGCACAGGCAUAGGCAAACUUGGCUCUUCAAAUGUUUUGGGACUACAACACCCACCAUCCCUAGCUAACAGGACCAGUGGUCAGGGAUGAUGGGAAUUGUAGUCUCAAAAAACAUUUGGUGGGCCAAAGUGCCUGUGUCUGGUUUAGCAUCAUGUUGUUUAGCCCUGUCUUACAGCAUUAGAUGCUCAGAUCAUUCACCAAGAUGCUAGUAUUGCCACUAUAACUUUUGUUUUUGAAGUGCUAAAAAGCAACAAGAUAUAGAUAAACUUAAUUUUUCUGUGUAUGUGUCACUGCCAGUCUGCAAACUGCUUCCAGUGUAACCGUAGUCAGGUAAAUGACUCUUGACUAUUGUUUCUGGUAAAUCCUGUAUUCCAGUGCUCCCCAACCUUUUUAUCGCCGCGGACCGGUAAAGGUUUGAUAAUUUUUCCGUGGCCCGCUUGUUUUGAGCUGAGUCCGCCCCCUCCGUGCACUUACCUCAUGGCAGCUUCUCUUCAGUCCCCGCGUCUCCGACCUCGAGUCCUCAGUCCUCCCGUGGCGCCUCCUCCUCGGCCAAUGGCGUGAGGUUUGCCUUUCGGCCAAUCAGGAAGCGGGAGGACCCGCCAGGAGGAGCAUCAGUGUAACAAUAGCGAAUUUUCAUUCGCUAUUGUCACACAAUGGGCGGGCUUGAGAGGGCGCAAUGCUCUGCGCCUCGGCCGCCCGCCACAGUGAAAUGAUUUGAAGUUCCUCGGGCGGCCCGGUGCCGAUUGAUCCACGGACCGGCACCGGUCCGCGGCCCGGGGGUUGGGGAACACUGCUGUAUUCUACUUAAUUUAGUCACUUUGUGAUCUUUUUAUGUUUAAAAGGCUGGCUGAAGACAUUUGAUGACUACUUUAGAGAUCAGACGCAGCAUAUUCUCAAUAACAUGGUUCUAAAGCUGCAAGAAGACAAAGGGAGGAAAUUUAUAUGGUCUGAAAUCUCUUACUUUUCCAAGUGGUGGGAUGGAAUAGAUAGUCAGAAGAAGGAUGCUGUGAAAAGGUCUGUAUAUUUUAUUUAUUUAUUGUAUGUAUAUGUAUAUGUAUAUGCCUCCCUUUCUGUCAGAGGCCCUAAAGGCAGUUUAGUAUUAAACUACAUCAAUAUUAACUAUAGUUGUUUUCGUUAUUCACAGGUUCAUAAAUUGUAGUGUUCUAACGUGUUGCUGUAUCUGAGAUUUCUCCCCCACCCUGAUAUACAAUUUAGUGGAAUUCCUUAACGGUUAAAUUACCAAGCGCUAUAAGACGAACACGUCGGAGCAGAAAUCUUAAGUGGUAGCACACGCAAUUCUUCAGUGAAAACAGUGUCAUGGGUUACCACUUAAACAAAAAAACAAAAAAAAACCCCAAACCUGCAGUAAGGUGGUUAUUUGGCUAGCUUUUAAGGUACAGAAAUGCCAGUAUUCAGCUACUCUAGAAAGUUGUUGAAUUAGCAUUUUUCUACCAACGGUUUUACCGUUUCUUUGCUGUUCUCCUUCAUGUAGUUGUCACUCAUUUGUUGUAGCUUCUGUUGAAUUUUCUGUUUCUGAAACCGGAAGCAUUAACAAUGCUGUAGCGAAUGUGGCAAGUUGUUGGCAGGAGCCUUCCCAAUAAGUAUUCAAGUGCAUGCCACGGACCAAAGGGCAGGGCAGCGUAGCUUUAUUAGCACUGCGUACAAGUCAAGUGGGGACAGUUCCUGAGGCUGAUUGACGAGUGUGACUAAAUCGCAGGACUGGGAAGUGAAAAUAGAAUGACAAGUGAAAAUGAAAUUACUGCAUCAGAUCUGGUGCUCUUAACUCCACGGAGAGAUGCAAAUUAACUUUGUGUUGCUGACACAAAGCAUACGGAUCAACAUUCAUUUUUCUUGAAACCCUUUGAAAGAGAUUUUGCUUGCAGUAUUCAUUGCUAUGGUAUUGUCCCAAAUAGUGUUGUCAUGAUGCAUAAUUUUUCAAUAGUGAGCUUUAUGGCUUAGUAUAUUUUGCAUGCAAAACAAGCAUAUUGGUAUUCUGAGUGUUCAUUACAACCUGCUUGAUAACACCUCUAGGUUGAUAUCCAGAAGCAAUGUAGUUCAAGUCAGUGAGAGCCAUUCCAAUUAGUGCUUUUAAAAGUUGAUGCUGGAGAGAGAGAAAGAGGUGUAUUAUUUUUUAAAUGCUCAGCAUUUUUUCUGUACGAACUGCCUGUCUAGUCCAGCGUUCUGUUUCAGAUAGUUGCCCGUCACAAGCAGGGUGAUGGCGGUGAUCAUUAUCCUUUGUUGUUUGGCUCCCCAACAUUUGGUGGUACAGUGGUACCUCGGGUUAAGUAUUUAAUUCGUUCUGGAGGUCCAUUCUUAACCUGAAACUGUUCUUAACCUGAAGCACCACUUUAGCUAAUGGGGCCUCCCGCUGCCGCCACGCUGCUGCUGCACGAUUUCUGUUCUCAUCCUGAAGCAAAGUUCUUAACCCGAGGUACUAUUUCUGGGUUAGCGGAGUCUGUAACCUGAAGCGUAUGUAACCUGAAGCGUAUGUAACCCGAGGUACCACUGUACUCAGAUGCUGAAUUUGUGAUACAGCAACAGGCAGGGAGAUUCAUUUAGCUGUCACGGCAAAUUGUGGUGUGCCUUUUUCUUGCCGCAUACUUGACUCCUCUGUGUUUGCCAUUUUGUGUCAAGGAAUCAUAGAAUUAAAGAGUUGGAAGGGACCAUGAGAGUCAUCUAGUCCAACCCCUUGCAACGCAGGGAUCCUUUUCCCAGCGUGGGGCCCAAACCCACAACCCUGAGAUUAAGAGUCUCAUGUUCUACCAACUGAGCUAAGAGCACAGGACCUUCCACCAAAAUCCAGUAAAGAAGGGAAAUGCUUGCAGGGACAAGCUAGGGUGCUUGAUCUGUGCUGAGGAAGAGAAGCCUUAGAUUGGAAGAAGGGCCGGGUACUAUAUAUGGCAAUGUAAAUUCUAUUACUGGGGUGUCUCCGGGACACUCAGCCUGCCUGCUCCAAAAGUUUUGUGCAGCAGUGAAAGAACCUCUUGGGCUACUGAGCUAGAACAUAAUUUGUGGGAUCCUCACCUUCUGUUAAUAAUCCUGUUAGUCUCAAUUUAAAAAGAAGAGGAGGUACUAAUCAACAAAUUAUUUAUUGAUUGUAAGAAAGUCCUCUUUGAUACUGCUGCUAAUUUAUAAUGACUUGGUAAUUGGCAAUUAGAGACUUUUGACUUGCAUUAAGACACAGAAGCUAGAUCAAAGUGAAUUUUCGUGCGCGGAUUUCACGCUUUAGAACUAACAGUGUAAAUAUAUAUACUUUCAUUUUUCACUGCCACACAAAUUGGAAUGUUCAACAUUUGUUUCAGAUUUGUCUGCGUAUACGUUAUUAGGGCAGAAGUUGAUAAAAUCUGGGUCCCAUUUUUGGAUACACCUUUCCAUUGGCUUUUCGUCUAUAACUUCCGCUGCCCGCACUAUGCGAGUUACUUUUAGUGGUCAUCCUCUUUGAGGAACAAGUAUUGAAGGGAACGAUGAGGAGGCUUGAGCAAAGAGUUUGCAAGAGCCAUCUCAUGAAUAAAAACCAGAACUGGCAGCUGCCUACAGGUUUGAGGGAGAAGGAAAUGGAAAAGGGCCCAAAGGAAAUUAAAUCCGUCUCAAUCCUCUUGUUUUUCUUAAUUUAGUCAAAGGGAUAUGGCUUUUAAAAUCUGGACAUGGGCAGAGGGAUGGGUAUUCCAGGUGAAUUGCCUGUGUCAUAUAAAUAGCUGCUUUCUAGAGAUAGAUUACCUGUCAACCUUUUCUAAACAAAUGAGGGUAAACUAUUGCUAACUCAGGUUACUACAGCAACUUGAGAAUGAAACAUCUUUUUAUAUGGGGUGGGGGGAGGACAGACAACCCACCCAUGUUUAAAAUAUAGGCACAGUCUGUCAACAGUUGCACUUUAUUGAACCCACUGAUUUAAGUCACACUGUCUUAAUCCCACUGAACAUGCCAGCUACACGACGGAAAUACGUUAGGAGUCAAAAAGUGCUUAAGUGUGAUUUAAGAUACUGCCUGUGGCCAUUCUUAUUUCAAGAGGGUGCUGUUCAGAGCGGUCAAAGCUGAAGCUUUUAGAGCAUUUUGGUUUCUAUAGAAUUGAGAGUGCAGCUCUUCCAGAGCUUGAGUAAAGCAGGUUUUAGACAAGGGGUGAAGAAUCUGUUUCACAGGCCAGUCCAUAACAUGAAAGAUGGUUAAUUGUGUAUAUGAUUCCUAAUAGAAUCUGCUUCUUAACAUUUUACAGAGGGCUAAGAGUGGUCUUGUUGAAUGGGGAAAGUAUUGUUCCUUGUAUAUAAUUUUUACUAAAUUUUCUGUUUUACAAUUUAAAAUACUCAUUUUUACAUCCUUAAGAUAUAAAUGACUUCCCUUCUUCUCUUUCCAUGGUUCAUUUUACAUAUCAUAAACCCCUGCAUAUUUUACAAAAACUAUACCAUUCAAUAUUCCAUUAUUGCAUCCAUCAAAGCUUAGUUACACUGUUGAGUUUAUCUUAAUGCUGCCAGCAUUUUCAGCUGUACACAGUUAUUUCCCAUAUAUUCAAUAAAUGUUUUCCAAUCUUCUCUAAACGUAUGUUCUUCUUGUUCUCUUGUUCUAUAUGUUAAGUCUGCAAGUUGCACAUAUUCUGUCAACUUAAGUUGCCAUUCUUCUUUCACCACAACGUCUAUGGCAUAGUGAAGUAUUGUUAAUAUUUAAGUAUCAUUGCUGCCAACAUUGUAUGUUGCUACUCCAGAUAAUGUAUUGAUUGGAAAUAGUUACAUGCAUGAAUAAAAGUUUAGUAAAUAUGUUUUUCAGGUUAAUUGAAGAUGGACAGUUUGAAAUUGUAACAGGGGGAUGGGUCAUGCCUGACGAAGCAUCUGCUCAUUAUUUUGCUAUAAUUGACCAGCUGAUAGAAGGGCAUCAAUGGCUCGAGAAGGCACUAGGUGAGUUCAUGUAACUUUUGCCUUGUGAUUUCAUUGUGACAAGGUAUUUUAUUUCAUUAACAGUAUUUUAGAAAAACUGUUUCCCGUUAAUUAAAUGAUUGAGUUUUCAACAUUGACAACCACAGUACAGUGGUACCUUGGUAUACAAACUUAAUCCAUUCCGGAAGUCCGUUCUUAAACCAAGGCAUGCUUUCCCAUAGCAGCGGGGGACUCAGUGGGACUCACUUAACAAAUGGAACACACUCAACAGGAAGCGAAACAUGUUCUUAUUCCAAGGCAAAGUUCACACACCAAAACACCUACUUCCGGGUUUGCAGCGUUCUUAAUCCAAGUUGUUCAUAAACUAAGCUGUUCUUAAACCGAGGUACCACUGUACAUUAGUUGCAGGAAAGUUAUAAAUAACAGUUUUUAGUUUAUGUAAUAGUGUACCUUUGAGUUUUAUAUGGUGAAACUCGCUUUACCCAGAGUUAUAGAGGAAGCAGAUGUCAUUGUGAAAACUCAGAGAACUCAGUUAAGCCUAAAACGGUUAAUGCAGCAGAUUUCUUACCACCUACAGAUCAGAAUAAAUAAUUCAGUUACUUACUGCUAUUGAUUAUUUUUAUCCAUAGACUGCAGUGGUUUGCCAUAGUAAUCAUUUUUAAAUGCUUUCCUGGUCAGAAUCUAUUGUAGUGUAAUCCUAAUCACGGCUAGCUUCAAAGUGCCCUGCUUUGAAGAAAAAAAACAUGAUUGAGCUACUAAUGGUUAAAAUUGGUGCCGCCAUAAUUCUGCACAGUGGUUAGUUUCUUUUAAAAAAGGAGGGUGACUUUACAUGUGGGAGGAUGAGCAUGCUAGUCUCUUAAUAAUUAUUAAGAGAUUGCAGUCUUGACAUUCCCAAUGUGUAAUUUGGAACUUAAGCAAUUAAAAAUUGCGUAGAAAGAAUCCUUAAAAUAAAUGCCACUUGAAAAACAACAACUUCAAUUAGUAAAGUAUAAUUGCAGUCCUGUAGACAAGUGGUAUGUCAUUUUUAGCCAUACUGUUUUGUUUUCAUUCUUGCAUAAUUGGUUAGGGGUGCGAGCCAGACAUUUUUGAUACGAGAAAAAAAAUAUUUAUUUUCCGUGAAUCCGCAGGUGCAUAAACAAACACUAGCCGAAUUAUAAAAGCUCUUCCCUGAUAAGUAAAUUAAAUUUCUGGGUCAUCUUCCCCCCCUCUUUUAACGUAGUUAAGUGGUAAGGAUUUGAGUUUCUAUAGGAUGAGAUCUUAACUGUGCAAGACUAGGUGCACUUUCAUUUUUAUUCCACUAUGGCGUGCAUUUUCAACAUGUAUUCUUUUUUUAUUAGGAGUGAAACCAAAAUCUGGUUGGGCAGUUGAUCCCUUUGGACAUUCACCAACCAUGGCUUAUCUUUUGAAACGCACUGGAUUUUCCAAUAUGCUUAUACAGAGAGUUCAUUAUUCAAUUAAAAAGUAUCAUGCAGCCCAGAAGACACUAGAAUUUUUUUGGAGACAGAAUUGGGGUAUGUAUUCCUUUUUUGCAUGACCUUAUGCCAAGAACUGUCAUAGCAACAAAUACUUUGAAACUGAAAGGUCUUGCUUUGACCCGGAACAUUUAAUAGAUAAUACAGUUUUCUAUGUUGCUAUCUUCAGAACUAAUUUGUAACUUCAAAAUGAUUUAUAGAACUACAUGCAAUACACUAUUCAUCCGGUGCACUAGACUUUAGUCUAACGAAAGCUCAUACUAUAAAAAAUUUCAGUUUGUAAGGUGCUGCAGGAGUCUUGCUCGGUUUUGCUGAAACACAAAAAUAUAGCUAUUCAGAAAUGAAAAGAUAAUGGGCUGGUUUGCACAUAAUGCUAAACCAUGGUUUAGCGCUACGUGAUGGAGCCGAAGUAAAGCAUUGGCUCACGUUCUUUUUCUUCUCUUUCAGUCAGGAGGAGACCUUCUGUCAUGUUUGCUUUCAGUUUCAAAUAACCUUGACUUAGUUUUAUGGAUAAGUCAGGAAUUCUGACUUACAACAGUGGUUGGUUAAUGUUUAGCAUGGGGUAGAGGGAAAUGUGUGAACCUGCUUCUCUUAGGCAUGCGCCGCCAUUUAGAAUUAAACCAUGAUUUAGUACAGCGUUCACACUUGCCCAGCGUUCAUCUUGCACUGGAAUUGUCAAAACAGGUCUUCAUAACAGAUUUUUUCUUAAAAACUGUGGUGGGUAGUAGGUUAAAAUAUACAAUAAUUGUAAUCAGGUUGGUCAGUGUUCACUGAAGCCAUGUCAUGGGGAAGGGAUCAGCAGUGGAAAAUAGGAUUAUUUUUGCCAUUUCUUUAUACUCCUUUUAGCUAUUUCCAGAUUGCAGGUCACAAGGAUGUUAAGGUGUUAAAUGAGUGUUACUUUUACAGAACUCUGAAAAUGCUCAGUGACCUUCAAGAAAUUGCAUGUGGAGCUCACCUGUGUCACAUCACAUAAAGUACUGAAAGCAGCACCUUAAAGUUUGAAAAGCUGGGAGUGACUAUGUAAUAUAGCUAUUUAAAGCUCAUGCUGGCAAACAAAGAGAUUCUUUCUUUGUCCUUAGUGAUUGAGGAAUAAUUGGAGUUUGCUUUGGAAAACUGAAGAUAGAAAGUGUUUCAGGCAAUUCUUUCUAUUUGAGACAGAGGCAAAGGUUAUACUUUACAGAGGGAAACAAAUGUUGGAAAGUGCCUGGGUUAAAGUUGCCAUAUUUCAAAAAGUAAAAAUCAGGGCACCCGGAAAGUUGAGUUGCCUAAGAUCCAUGACAAAGUGCUGCUUUUCGAAAAUUCCCCUGGAUGUCAAUUCCACCUUUGAAAAUCCUGGUAAUGUCCAGGAAAAUCCGGACGUAUGGCAGACCUAGCCUGGAAACUAUUUGGCACCAGAAAGCUAUAUUAUUAAACUUAAUCCUCCAUUGCUGUAGGAAGUUGUCUCAACUAUAUUUGGCAUGUUAAGUUUAUGCAAGGAAAUGUAGUGUCCCGAAUUCUUUGUACAGCACACUUGCCAAGUUCAAAGUUUGGUAUACACAACAAGAACUAAUAAGCAAAGCACACAACAUAUUGUUAAGCAAUACUACAAAGAACCCCAAGGCCAAUGUACAAUAUAUAAUUAAGGGAUUUAAAAUUAUGCAACAAGUGAGAUUAUGAUUGUAUCUGUGGCUCAAAAAAGUGUGGUUAUGGCUCUAAACAGAUUUAUUUACCAGUAUUCUUGUUAUGUUCAGCAGGCAAAUUUUUUGACAUUGCUUUGAAAAAAAUCCAUUGAGUAAAACUGGGUGGUGGAAUUGAUCAAAAUUUAGUUUACCCUAUUUUGGGGGCUGCAUGGUUUCUCUUCCUUCUUUGCCUCUGCAGAGUAGACAGUGCUAACAAAGAUAAUAAAGGAAUUUUAUAAAAUAAAAAUUGAGGAAAGCUUGGAGUAGAUGGGUUGGGUCUAAGGAUUGGAGCCAUUUCCCCCCCUGACUUCAGUGGGUUAGCUUAAAUGCACUGAUGAAGAUGAUCAACUUUCAAAGUCUCCUUUUUAGAAACACAAUGUUUGUAAGUCUCUAAUGAUAGAUUGCUUUAUUAAGAUGGUGUUUCUAUGUUUUUGAGCCGGGGCUUAGACCUGUUGCUUCUGAAGCUGUUUCAUUCUCUUCUGUAUUGAAUUUGGCAUUUCAGGGUAGCCUGGCAUUGUAUUUCAUUGGGUUUCUCUGCACUAUUUUUUACUUAACACUGUUAUAUUUAUCUUUAAGACACUGAGUUAUUGAAGUAUUUGUGAGCAAUCAAUCUGGUCAUCUCAUGUUAACUCGAAUAACAGAAGCUUACUGGAUUGAAUAUACAGUGAAUUAUUUUUACUGUGUGGUGAAUUAUUGGCAGUUUGGGUAUCAUUGCCAGGUUUGCAAAGCUUACCAGGCCCACAGGUAUGGGAGGUAGCUUGUGUCAUAAGACCAUUUAUAGCUGCAAAACUUGUUACGGUUUGCUGUCAUCCAACAGUCUUCCAAAGGCCUUCCAACUGCAAUUUCAGAUUAUGGAAUGGGAAAUUAUUAAAGUACUCAUUCUGUCAGCUGAUAAGAUGGAAUGACAGUUUUUUGGCUCAUGAUGGGUCCUUCUAAAUGGGUGCACUAAAUAACAGACCUAGGGAGACAUGGCCUAAAGUGACAUAGAUACCACACAUGGACUUCCGUAUUACAUCAGUAGACUUGUCAAAAAAAGUACAGGCCAAAGAGCAUACCUGGAGCUAAUUACUGGUGGAAAUGGGAUGCAGAUGGCGCUGUGGUCUAAACCACUGAGCCUCUUGGGCUUGCUGAUCAGAAGUUCAGCAGUUCGAAUCCCUGCGACAGGGUGAGCUCCUGUUGCUCUGUCCCAGCUCCUGCCAACCUAGCAGUUCGAAAGCACACCAGUGCAAGUAGAUAAAUAGGUACUGCUGUGGUGGGAAGGUAAACGGCAUUUCUUUGCACUCUGGUUUGCAUCACGGUGUUCUGUUGCACCAGAAGCGGUUUAGUCAUGCUGGCCACAUGACCCGGAAAGCAGUCUGUGAACAAACGCCGGCUCCCUCGGUCUGAAAGCAAGAUGAGCGCCGCAACCCCAUAGUCGCCUUUGACUGGACUUAACCAUCCAGGGGUCCUUUACCUUUACCAUAUUUUACUGGUGUAAAUAAAAAUUCUUUGAAAUGUUGUUCUUGUUAGAGAAAAGGCAUGUCAUGUAAUGGGUAUGAAUGAGAUAUGAAUGAGAAAGGACAGAGUAUUCCUUUUAUCUUUAUCUUGCCUAUUUUAAUUCUAGAUUUGGGAUCUAAUACGGAUAUUCUCUGCCACAUGAUGCCUUUUUAUAGCUAUGAUAUUCCUCACACUUGCGGACCAGAUCCUAAAAUUUGCUGCCAAUUUGAUUUUAAGCGCCUUCCUGGAGGAAGAGUCAGUUGUCCCUGGAGAGUCCCUCCUGAAGCCAUUCAUUCUGGAAACAUUCAGCACAGGUAAGUACACAGUGCUGCCCAUUAAUUUCAUGGCCAGUCAUAUCUUGGAACAAUGUCAACCAUCUAAAUUCAAAGUAUGUAGGAUGUGGAAAUUAAAUAAAUUUAAUAUGUAUAAAAGUUGGCUUUUCAAGAGGUAUGGGUGAUCUUACUGACCCUGCAGGUGGCUUGUCUCAUAUUUUCAGACAGCGACGAUGGCCCUGAAUCCCUUGGGAUGAAGUCUCACUUUGUGCAGGGAGCUGCACCUUGUCUUUGAACAAUCAUUAAUUUGGAAUAGGCUUUACAAUAGAGUCGUACCUUGGAAGUCGAACGGAAUACGUUCCAGAAGACUAUUCGACUUCCAAAACAUUCAGAAACCAAAGUACAGCUUCUGAUUUGCUGCAGGAAGCAGCAGAAGCCCCGUUGGAUGUUCGGGUUCCAAUGAACGUUUGCAAACCGCAACACUCACUUCUGGGUUUGCAGCAUUCGGGAGCCGAAACUGGUUCGCAAGGCGUUCAGGAUACAAGGUACGACUGUACAGUGGUACCUCAGUCUACGAACAGCCCUGUUUACGAAUUAUUCAGUUUACGAACUCCGCAAAACCGGAAGGAGUGUCCCGGUUUGCAAACUUUACCUCCGUCUAAGAACGGAAGCCAAGGGUAGAAGGGCACCGGCAGUGGGAGGCCUCAUUAGGGAAAGUGCGCCUUGGUUUAAUAACGCUUUGGUUUAAGAAAGGACUUCCGGAACGGAUUAAGUUUGUAAACCAAGGUACCACUCUAUUGCUUUUGAUGUCCUUUGAUCCUCAUCGUUUUCUACUGAAGUAUUUUGUAUCUUGUGGCAGUUCUGAAGAAUUUGGACAUCUAUACAAAACUAGGAAAUGAUAAUAAACUGAGUUGAGAAUUCUUUACUAGCUAAAUAUUUAUAAGGACCAUUAAUGCCCCACAUGAGCCUGGAUGUAUACUAAUGUCAUCAGAGGUCUCUUCCCUCCUCCUAUUCUGAAGGGAGACAAGUGAUAACAGGAGAGAAUGCCCUGCAUUGACAACCCCACCCCAUCGGUCUUAUCUGGCACUCAGUUUGAUUUCUUUUCCAAGCCGGGUAAAUUAUCUUUUUGCUUAUGCAGAUCUCCCUGUGGGCAAACUAAGCUUGUUUUAACUUUACAGUUUUUACCCUAUGCUUUUUACUAAGUGUGUUUUAUGAUUGUUGCAACUGUCCUGGGAUUUUCUUAAACUAAAGCUCUUGGAAGCAUUCCUUGAGCAGAAUAUCCUUUCUGCUGUACAACAGAAGCUCUCAAUUUCUUGAAAGCGUGUUCUCUGUGGAUUGGGAUGUAGACAGUUUUUAUAGUACAGACACCUAAGUCUGCUGUCUUCCAUCAUUGUUUUUAAAAAAGAAUCCUUUAAAAAAAGAAUCUGUUGAUUUUAGUGGAUGUUGGGGAAAAUAUGUUACAGUGGUACCUCGGGUUAAGAACUUAAUUCGUUCUGGAGGUCUGUUCUUAACCUGAAACUAUUCUUAACCUGAGGCACCACUUUAGCUAAUGGGGCCUCCUGCUGCCGCUGCGCGAUUUCUGUUCUCAUCCUGAAGCAAAGUUCUUAACCCGAGGUACUAUUUCUGGGUUAGUGGAGUCUGUAACCUGAAGCGUCUGUAACCCGAGGUACCACUGUACUUCUGGACCGUGAACUGCAAAGAUUAGAUGUACUUGAGAACAGAGGAAAUUACAUGGAAUUAAAUUCCAUGUGAUUUGCAUGGAAUUUAAACUAUAAAACCUAAAUAGGUUGAAAAACAAUAUUAAAUGUUGAAAUUUCAUUGAUAAGUGUUUUGUCGAUGCAUUGAUUCUUUUAUAAUUAAGUUACUUUUAGAAGCAUUGUGAACGGAUGCGGGUGGCGCUGUGGGUAAAACCUCAGUGCCUAGGACUUGCUGAUCGUAUGGUCGGCGGUUCGAAUCCCCGUGGCGGGGUGAGCUCCCGUCUUCCAGUCCCAGCUCCUGCCCACCUAGCAGUUCGAAAGCACUCCUAAGUGCAAGUAGAUAAAUAGGGACCGCUUUACAGCGGGAAGGUAAACGGCGUUUCCGUGUGCUGCGCUGGUGCUGGCUCGCCAGAUGCAGCUUCGUCAUGCUGGCCACGUGACCCGGAAGUGUCUCCAGACAGCGCUGGCUCCCGGCCCCUUAAGCGAGAUAAGCACGCAACCCUAGAGUUGGACACGACUGGCCCAUACGGGCAGGGGUACCUUUACCAUUACCUUAGAAGCAUUGUAGUAUUUGUGCUCCUUGUACUGACUGAACACAAAUCAUCUAAGGCUACAGCCUUAUAUAUACUUUGGAAUAUUGUCACAUUGAACUUGGUGGGACUUUGUUUUCAAGAAGCAUGCAUAGGACUGGGUUGCACCAGUUUAUUUAUUUAUUUUGAAGAGUUGUGCCCCAACUUGCAAUCAUUAAAAAAAAAAUUAGUCCAGUUGCUCUUCCUCCUCACUUCUGCUGUCAGAACUGUAGGUCAGAACUAUUGGCAUCAAAUCAAUUUGGCUGCCAUAACUCUUUUAGAAAACUUUAAUUCACCCCAGUCAGGUGAAAUUUUGCAGACUUAGUAAGAAUGAGUAUUGUUGCAAAAUACAUGUUCAUGUUGGUUUAUCCACUUACUCUAUCUUUCCCUCUCAAAUUAUAUUUUUUUCUAAGGGCAUGGAUGAUUUUAGAUCAGUACAGAAAGAAAUCGAAGCUUUUCCGCACCAAAGUUUUGUUGGCUCCACUGGGAGAUGAUUUCCGCUACACUGAGAGUUCAGAAUGGGAUCAGCAGUAUCAAAAUUAUCAGAAGCUUUUUGAUUACAUGAAUUCUCACCCAGAGUUCCAUGUUAAGGUAAGGUACAGUCCUGCUAUAAGUCAGUUGUUAAAUGGAUUUCAUUGCCUUCGCGGUUCAUUUAAACUUCAGUUUUGCUUUUUUGCUGGUUGGUUAUGCAUUCUCAGUGAUAGAAAGAACUCUAGAAUGAAUACAGCUGCAGUAAGCCACCUUGAACACAGAUAAAUAUACUUCAUAGUAAACAUAUUCCUACACAUGUUUUAAGAAAAUGUGGGUGAUAUACAACUAAGUCGUAUUCAGGUGACUUUACAUGCUUGGUGUUUAAAACAGUGGGCAGGUGUGUGUGUUGGGGGGAGAGUAUUUGGCAGUCCCACCUGCCAUGGCACUCAGCAUGUUUUGACUAUACACAGUUUUGACUUCCGUCGUGAACCCUGGAACAUAACUCCCAUGUAAUUUGCUGGCUUACUGUAUGCAUGAACACUGAAUGUAAUUCUUAGACUCUCUCUAUAAAUUCUCAGACUUGAAGAUUCAUGAUUUAUGUCUACAGAGAAGGUGGGUGGGGUGGAGAAAGGAUGAGGGUAGGUUCCAUUCCAGAGCUAAUGGAAGCAACGUGAGCUUCAGUACUGAAACGGAACAGCAGAUGCCUGCCAAAAACGCUGGUCUCCAAGAACAAAAUGUGCUUCGACUGAACGCAGUGUAAAGAACUUAUAUACCAUAUUUUAAUUUGCUUCAGGCUCAGUUUGGGACUUUGUCAGAUUAUUUUGAGGCUCUCCGUAAAGCUAGUAAUUUGGAUGAAAAGAACAGUAAUUCAGUGUUUCCUGUUCUGAGUGGCGAUUUCUUCACAUAUGCAGACCGAGAUAAUCAUUACUGGAGUGGAUAUUUUACUUCACGCCCCUUCUACAAACGCCUAGAUAGGAUUCUAGAGUCAUAUAUAAGGUAAGUAGGGUCACUGGCUUUUUUGGGCAUGGGACCCCCCUGAGGGUUUUUCCCUUAAGGUUGAGUUAGUUUGCACUACUUCAAAUGUGGGGUUACUUCCAGUUGUACUGAUCUUGUGCCUGUUUCCCUGAACAAUAUAGUGUGGGACCAGGAGUGCUGGGUUGUCCUCUAGCUAAAAGGCCAGAUUGACUGGCAUGAUGGGUCUUGCAACCCUUCUUUUGAAAGGAAGUGCUAGGGUGGUUGGAAAGAAAGGUUGGUGCUUCCAUUUGCCUGUGAACACUGGUGUUUUGUGUUGGGGGAGUUACACAUCUCCUGUUCUUUUCCUCCCAUGUUUCAGCAAAUGUGUUCGAUACGUUUUUAGUUUGGAGUUUUCUAGCAUUUCCUGUAUUUUGAGUUCUUCUUGGGAAAGGAAAUGCAGGUGGAGUGGGAAAAUGGCGCACCACACCAAAGUGGGUUCUUUCAAAUACCGUAUUUUUCGCUCUAUAGGACGCACUUUUUCCCCUCCAAAAAUGAAGGGGAAAUGUGUGUGCGUCCUAUGGAGCGAAUGCAGGCUUUCGCUGAUGCCUGGAGAGCGAGAGGGGUCGGUGCGCACCAGCCCCUCUCGCUCUCCAGGCGUCAGGCAGCUAUCUGCAAGACUUCGGAGCUAGAUGCUAGGUGUAUUUUAAGUAGUUCUAAGCAUAAACAAGUUUUUAUACUUAAGGCUUUGUUAGUCUUGUGUUUCAGAUCCUUGAAAGAAAGUAGCCUCUCAUUGACCUAAUGCUGAAGUGAAUAAUAGGAUGUUGCAAGUCUUGUUCAGUUGUAUUAUGGAAACCUCUUGGGGAACCUUUAUGUUGAAAGGUGGUAUACAAAUACUGUAAACAUUUUUUUUUAAAAAAAUACAUCUUUUUUUGUUUCAGGGCUGCUGAAAUUCUUUACUCCUUGGCUCUGGUACAGUCUAAAAAAACCGAGAAAAUGAAAGCAUUUCCUUCAGUGGACCACUACAAAUUACUAACAGAAGCUAGAAGAAACUUGGGACUUUUUCAACAUCAUGAUGCUAUCACAGGAACAGCUAAAGACUGGGUUGUUGUGGAUUAUGGCACUAGGUAAGUGUCAUGCAUUUCAUACUGCUUCUGGUAUGUUUCUUGGCUUGAGGGGAGAUCUGAUUAUUUGGUCUCCCAUUUUAGACAAACUUCUCUUGAUUUUUAUAUUUAAGUAAACUUAUUAAUAGCUUUGUGUUAGUCAACACUUAGUAAUUGCUGCUUUUUUGUAGCCCUUUAACAUAAAGAAUGCUUGAAUCCAACCUCCCACAGCUGCAGUAUUUAUUUUGUUCACAGGCUAUUCCAUUCGUUAAUAAACGUGAAGAAAAUUAUCACUGAUUCUGCUCACGUUCUUAUUCUAAAGGACCAAGAAACGUAUCAUUACAACCCAUCAACCCCAUUUCUUACAAUGGUGAGUUUGUGGUAAUAAUCCUUAUAAUCAUGAAGAAAUUCUUUCCAGGAGGCCACAAUUGUGUUGGUGAAUAGGCCAGUCUUGUUUUAGGUUCUUAGCUUGAGAUGGUUGGAUGCAUUAUGCACCUCACCUGGCACCUAAUGCAGCCUGGACAACAUUUUUUUGUAAUCAUACCAUAAAAAAAAGGUUUGGGAGAAGGAAUGUGCUAAAUUUUGCUGGUGAACUUAUUAGCCAUUUACUUCAUGUGGUGUUCAACUGUGUCCUCUUGAUGAAAAGAAUGUCAAUGGCAUGAGGGGAAGGGAGAUAAUUUUCAGUGUUCCUUUCAAACCCCCUGAGCAGAGUUAGGGGAGUUGCAGGGGGAGGGAAAAUUGCUGAAAAUGGCAUCCCUCCCCAUCCUGUUCCAUUGACAAAUUCAUUCUUUGAGUGAACGAACACUGUUAGAUGCCUACAUUGUUUACAAGGUACUGUAUAAUACAAUUAUACUGGAUGACCAAGUUAAGUUGUAGUACAGUGAAUGUUACACCUAAACUAACUGUGCUUGCAACAGGCUAGGUACUGUGACUAGCUAUAACAAUUUCCAGUUGGCUUCUCAAAUAGUUAAAUAGUGAACAAAAAUGAAAAACUCCCCCCCCCCCCGUAAUUUUAUUUCAUUGGUUAUUUCUUAUUUGAGUUUAAAAUAGCUUGACUGUAUGAAACUGUAGCAUGAAAGCAUGACAAAUCACAUCUUGUAUAAUUUGCAUGAUUAAAGAGUUCCAAAUUCCCAGACAGAGGAGCUGAGUUGCCUAGAGCAGUCAUUUACUUCAGCUUGAACUAUUUGUGCACUGAUACCUACUUCAGGUCCCUUCUUCCAGGUGUCUUCGUCAUCUGAGGUUGAGGCAGAUAGUGAUGGGGAGAGGCUCUCUCAGUGGUGUGUGGCUUGCUACCUGUUAAUUCUUGCUGAGAUCACUUUAGUGCUUCCUUUUAUCUGCUUUAUCUUGUGGUGGUGGCUUAAACAUUUUUUCCGCACCCUUAGAAUUUGAGGGCAGUGGACCAUCAGUCAUGGUAAUACAAAAACAAAAGUAUAAAGUGCAGUGCAUAAAAUUAAUUUGCAAUGGAUUUGAAACAUCUGGGUCAGUAAACAACGAUUUUACAUGGCACCAGAAGAUUUGCAAUAUUGGGGAGGAUGUUCCAAAGGCCCAGGACGUUGCCACUGAAGUAGCCUUCCCUCUUGAAUGAUGACUUCUGAAAUAAGGAGGUCCCUGAAGGUCUCAAAGCAUAGGAGAAUUAGUAUGUAAAGAGGCACUCAUUCAUAUAUUUGGAUCCCAAGCCAUUUUAUUGGUGGAUUUGAUUUUAUUACUAAAUUUCAUAAGCCACCCUCAAAACAUUGACAAUUAAAGAGGGAUCAGUAUACUUCCUUAAAAAUAAAGUGAAUGGGAUUUGAAUGGCCUCAUGCGUUCUGUGGCAUGGCAGGCUCAACUCUGUUCAGCAGCACAGUCCUAUCCACUGAGUUCCAUGAGACUUGCUGCCAGAUAAGUGGGUACAGGGUUGCAGCCUUGGUGAAUUUUCAAAUAGACUUUUCUUCUUAUGCUCUGUGUUGUAUCUGCAAGUAACCUCAACAUUUUUCCCAUUGGAAGGAUGAUGCGCAGUCUACACAGGACUCUUUGCCACACAAGACUGUCAUAGAACUGAGUAAACAGCCAAGGUAAAUGCUUUCUUUCUUAAUACAUGAGAAUACGCAGAAUGUUAAAAGUUCUACUAUUGUUUUGAUUUUUUUUAAAAAUAAACUAAGCUGUUUCAGGGAGAUAUUACAGGACUUGCUAAAAUUACAAAAUCAAGGUGGUAUAGUUGCAGUAAAUUAAUUUUUAGUUAAUGUUUUUUCCUUUUUUGUAAAUAGAGAUGAGAUUUCCUUAUUUACAGUGUAUACAUUUUAUGAAAUAAAAAUAAAGCAAAUUUAAUUCAUUAAAAUAGGAUAGUUCAUGAUUUAUGAAGAAAUUAGAAUAGGAAGCUUGGGUGGGAGGAAGAAAAGUUAUAGAUAACUCCCAAAGCAGUGUCAUUUAAUUUAUGUUUGCAUUUUUUGAUAUGCCAAGUCUAAAGCCAUAGUUUGUUUUUUUAAAAGAAAUACAUUUGAGGAUUUAGCAAUAGGGCGACAUUGAGAAAACAAAGUACCAUCUAUAUCUCAUCUCAAAGCUUAUGCUUUGCUUGAAAAACUGCUCUAAUAACCAGACACUUAAAUACAUAUUUAUUUAUAGGAUUACUUACGUAGCCCUCACCAUAAUGUCUCAUGGCGAGUUACAACAAUAUAGCCAUACAAUUUAAUAUCAGACAAAAUCAUUAAAAUAAUGAACCAACACAGUUUAAAUAAAUAAAUAAAGGAUGUCAAAGACCAAAGUAAAGAGGUGUGUCUUCAGCAUCUGCUGAAAGCUCUACAAUGAAGGUGAUAGAUACACCUCUAGCUAAGAAAGGUAACCAUGACAAUGCCUUUUUAAUCUGCUGUGAAAUAGUCACAGAAGCACUGAGCAGUAGGGUUAAGCAAAACAUAAUUUAUUCUCUCUCUCUUUUUUUUUAAAAAGCUGACACUGCUUAUGGUUGGAAAUGUCUUAGUAUUGCAUAGUAUCUGUGUACUAUACUAUACUGUGUACUGUGUAUUAUACUAUUGCAUAGUAUCUGUGUAGCAUAAUGUCUUGAUAUACUUCAGUGUUUCUCAAUAUUGAACAACAAUAUUGGUAGCAAAUAAACUAGGUGAAAGAAUUGAUUACUGUAGUGUUCCAGAAUUUGCAGUUUGAUGCUUUUUUUGAGUUGAACUCUAGCUCAUUUCAAGAAGGAACACUAGGAAUACCGCUUUAUUAAUAUUAUAGGUAUCUUAUCUAGUUCAGAAAUGUGGUGUUUUAAAUUAGUAUGUUGUGUGCAAGUUUGUACAGAAGUGAAUGACACUGAAACUUUGUAAUUGCCUAGUUGUCUGUGGUAAUAGUUACAGCAGAUAUCUCCGUUGCUGUCAUAAGGGCCACUAGUACUGGGAUUGCAGCCGUAGGGGUAGCCCUCAUAGUACUGCCCUGUGUUCAGCAAAGCAGGGCUAUGAAACCUGUGGUCAUGACCCCUUUCUCUUUUCUAACCUAUGGAAUUGGAAGUGGUGUUUGUGCAGCUUCUAAUAAUAAUACCAAUAGUUUGCAAACAGUGUCAUGGAGACUCUGAAUUGCUCUUUUCUAGACUAUGGAAGUUCUUCACAUGCUUUGUCUUGCCAUGAGAUCAGCAUUUUUGAUAGUCUCAUUCGGUAUGGCAACCGUAACCAAUAAUACUUGAGUGGGGGAGAAGAGGCAAUGAGUGGUCUAGCCCAAGUACGGCUUAAGUAUUUAUUGCUCAGCAAUAAAUACUUUGAGGCUCAGCAAAGAUUGUACAGCCGCCUUACCUUCUGCUUACGAACGUCUGAAGUAAUUUUUGAUAGGUCUCAAGUGGGUUGCAUGCCAACUUGAUGCACUCCAGAUGUUUGAAGCACAACCCCCAUUAGUCCUAAAUAGGAUGGCUGGAGCCAAAGGGAGUUGUAUCCAAACCAUCAGGAGGGCACCAGGUUGAGGCUGAUGUAGAGCAUUUCAGAGGGUUAUGGGUUGUCACCAUAGAACGUCUGGUUAGUUUGCAAAGGUUGCAAUUUAGGUGUUGCCUGUCUUACAGAAUUGUUUGUAUAAACAUCAGAACUGUCUUCUUGGAUAUAAUGUUGAUGAGGAGGCUAUGGGUGGUGUUAAAAAUGAACAGGAUCCGUUCUGGAGCCCCGUUCGCAUCCUGAAGUAAACGCAACCCGUGUGUGCGCGAGUCGCGAUUCGCCACUUUCGCGCAUGCACGUGACGUCAUUUUGACCGUCUGCGUAUGCACGAGCGGUGAAACCUGGAAGUAACAUGUUCCGUUACUUCUGGGUCGCCAUGGAGCGCAACCCGAAAGCGCUCAACCUGAAGAAACUUCAACCCGAGGUAUGACUGUAAACCUAAUUUUGGAACAGACAAUGCGGUUACAGUGGUAUCUCGGGUUAAGUACUAAAUUCGUUCCGGAGGUCCAUUCUUAACCUGAAACGGUUCUUAACCUGAAGCACCACUUUAGCUAAUGGGGCCUCCUGCUGCUGCUGGGCCGCCAGAGCACGAUUUCUGUUCUCACCCUGAAGCAAAGUUCUUAACCUGAAGCACUAUUUCUGGGUUAGCGGAGUCUGUAACCUGAAGCGUAUGUAACCUUAAGCGUAUGUAACCCGGGGUCCCACUGUAUAUCUUUCUUUGCAUAUCUGUGCUAGAUAAAAACCCAUGGUCUGAUUACCUGGUGUAGGUACUAGGUGAUUAUCUAGUGCCACAAGUGCAUUCAGCAGGGCUUUCUUUAUCUGCAGCCGUGGGUCUUUCAACUCAACCUUCGGAGCUGUCAUGGGCCACAGCCAGGACAAGGGUAGGCAUGGCAGGAUCUGUCAGAGGACGAGAGCCUCAGUUGGUGGUGGGGAAGUUUCCAGUAGUGAUGGAGAAGAGGGUCGUGUGGCACUGCUGCUGAAUUCUUCUGUAAGGGAGCAGGAGUCUGUUGGGUCAGUUCCUAUUCAGUCUCCUGAGCACAAAGUUUCCAGGGUAGCCAAGGAGGCAGGUAGCCAUUCGGCCAAGCCAGCUGAGUUAGAGGUAGGGAGUUGGACUCUGUACCCAUCACAAAAGACAUGCCACCAUCUGAACAGAUCCAGCAUCUCCCCUUGUAGGAGUGCUUCCUUGCAAGGUUUUUGCUGGGGAUGAGAACCACAUAACCGACCGGUCCUGUGAUGGUGCCUGCUUAUGCCUAGCCAUGAUCCUAGAACUCUCAUGAACGAUGUAUUCUGUACUUGAGCUGAUACUGAGACUGUGUGCUGAAUUAUCAAUAAAUCCUUUGGGAUUUCCUGAGUUGAGAGUCCUCUGAGUCUUUUGUCUGAGAGUGGGAGCCAGUUCAAGACCAAAUUUUGGGGCUGCAGGGGAAAGAAGUCCCAUUAGGUGAGUGGAUAUUAAUUCCACAAGUGGGAAACACCUUUGAAUGUCACCUAUUGAUUCUUCUACCACAAUUGUAAUAUUUGCAGAAAUCCUUGAUACAUUUGAAGAAAAGUGCUUAGGACAUUUUAAAAAGAUGUUGGAAAAUAUAGGCUUCGAGAUUCUGUAAAGGUUUGGCUUAAAAUUUGGUACAUGUUUCUGACUUCUUAAGAAGGGUAAAAUUUACUGCAGUGUACUAUAGAAAUAUAAAAAGUUAUAUUAAGUUAACUUUUACCCAGAGUACACCCAUUGAAAUUAAUGACCAUGACUAACUUAGGUCCAUUAAUUUCAGUGGGUGUACACUGGAUUGUAUUCAACUAACUUUUACUCAGUGCGCUGAAAGUACUUCCAAUAUCAUUUUUCACCAUUUCUUACAAUGGUCUUUUAAGCUUGCACAACUUUAUUAUUCCGUACUAAAAACUUGAGCUUGAAAUCAAGAACCUUCAUUUCAUAAUUUAUGCUCUUGGCCACUGUACUACAAUAAAUAAAUGCAGCAAAAGUCUAGGAAUUGUCAUAACUCGUCAGGAGAGAGCAGGCAGAGGUCUGUGCUAUCUUUAAUUUUAAUCAGAUUUCUUCUAGUGCCUCUCUUUGCUUUACCCCUUCCAGACUUGUGUGUAGUCAGAUACUGUUUGUAGGCUUUUUGUUGUGAUUUUUCAGGAAAUAUUUUUACUGUUGAAUUCAGCUGAUAAAUAAAUCUUUUUCAGGCUCAAGCUUGUUUAUUUAGCUGAUAUUUAUACAUGGUGGUUGUGGUAGAUGACAUACAGCUUGUGACAUACUCAGUUUCUUACAGGUUACCUAUAGAUCUUGCCAUUUUGGGGUGUGUGUUCUGCCUCUUCAGGUUGCAAGAGAGUCCUUACAUAACUUUGAAAAUCAACUGGACUUUAAUGUAUUGCCAUUUGCUGCCAUUAGUAGUUUUUCCCCCCAUAGGUUAUCACCCAAGCUGUGAUAUGAUAUCUAACCUACUUACUUUGUGUAGUCACAUUGAAAUCGGUAUAGUUAAGUGAACUGAUUUCAUUGGGUUUGCUCGGAGUCCUCACCUUGUGUUUUAUGGCAUUAGGUCAGCAGCAAGACAAUAUACUAGUUUAACAGAACCACCUGUGCUAUGAAAAAUACUAUGCUUUAUUUUAUACUGCCUAAUAAGGAAAAUAGUUGAAAGAAUAGGGACAGCAGCGCAUAUGUUCACCAACCAUGAGUGUUUGUGCAGUAUUAGAAACAGAGAUAUGAAAGCUAGGAGCUAAAUGGCUCCUUAAAUCUUGGUUAUGGAUGCAACAACAGAAUGUCCAGGCACACUUUUUUUAAUAACAAGAAUACAAAGCUGAAAAUGAAUGAAUUGCUGCUAAAAUAUUACAAUCAUUUUUCACAUGGUCUAGUCCUUCCCCUGCCCACCCCUCUAAUAUUCUUAAGAGGGUCUCUUCCCCAGUCUUCAGAGAGCAGCUGGAAGUGGGGAGGCAGAAAAAGGCCCACUUUUCCUUCCACUCUGCAAUUUUAAUCUGAAUUAGUCGCAGUACUGCACCCAGAACUCAAAAACUGCUCACCCUAAUGAAGUUCCCUGUUGCAAAAUGCGCCUAGAACAAUGGGAGUUUCGAACACGUGUGUGUGUGUGUGUGUGUGUGUGUGUGUGUGUACCUGAGAGAAGUGAGUGAUGAAGUCAGUUCAGGAACAUGUUGAGAGUGUGGGGGGGUCACAAAAUCAGUUUGUGGCUACAUAGAGGAAAACAAAAACCCAGUGACUUCAGAAUUUAGGGAUCUGAUCAGAACAGAGUUGCUCUUAAGAUUGUUAGCAGGGAGGGGAGGAUGUUUGAGAAAAAUGAGAGCAACAAAGGAAAAGGUGAAUUUAACAGGAUUGGGGUCUAGAGCGCUGGCGCCACGGACUCAUAAUUGCUUGUUCUGUCUCUGUCUCAGAGACUCAGUUGGUAGUUGAGAGAUUAAAUUGAGCUGAAAGUAUUUAUUGCUUGUGAGUGUAGUGGUAAGGUUGGACACCAAAUCUUAUUUAGAAUAGUUAUGAGCAGUAAAUACAAACAGAUGUAAAAAAAUAAAGGUAACCUUUGCCUAAUUAAAAUUUGUUUGAAGAAACAAACUUAAAUAAAACUAUUGAAGUGUACCUAUGCUGUGCAAUAUUGUCACCUUUAAAUGGAUGUUUUCAUUUAAAUAAUUAUUGUGAUUGCUUCAUAUAAUGGAGCGGCAUUUUUAGUGCUGCUACAUUUUCCCUUGUAAAAUCCACCAGAGCGUGUAGCAUUGUGGUAUAAAUUUUCUGUGGAGUUAAAAAAAUUGGCAGAUUUGCAUGCACUUUUGUCAUCAGUGGGUACAGCAUCAUGGAUCUUGAAGUAUUUGUGGAACUGGCAGAGAUGCAGGAUGGCUUUUGGAGUAAGUUACGAAGUAGAUGAGAAUUUAGAGUUUUGAGUGCAAAGUGCUUCUGCUUUUACUGGGAUUAUAGAAAAUGGUUGGACAUAAAGGAUUAAAUUGAGAAUGUUUUUUUAAAUAUAAAAGUAUAUACUGCUAUAUCAUAAAACAUGAAGAUGGUAUGCACAGGAAUAUAACGUGAUUGAUGAGAUAUAUGAGAUAUUUAAAUUGUUUGUUUUGGCAAUUUAGCCCACUGUUUAUUAAAACAAUCCCAAAGUAGGGCACAAUGUAUAAAAACAAAUGCAAAAUACCAAGAAUAAAUAACAUAAACCAGGCAUAGGCAAACUCGGCCUUCCAGAUGUUUUGAAACUACAAUUCCCAUCAUUCCUGCCCACUGGUCCUGUUAGCUAGGGAUGAUGGGAGUUGUAGUCUCAAAACAUCUGGAGGGCCAAGUUUGUCUAUGCCUGACAUAAACCCAUAAUCACAUACCACAUACCAGUGAUUCCAGCAGGGACAAGCUGCCUACCCCCACAACCAGUUCUGCCCAAAGCCUGAGUAGAUAAAAAUGGUUUUUAACUGGCACCAAAAACCCAUCAGGGUUGACGCCUGUCAGAUCUGUGAGGAGAGAACAUUCCCCAAAAAGGUGCUGAGAACACACACUCACACUCUUAGUUCAUAAUGCAAAUUUAGCACCAUUAAGAGGGCAUACUCACCUGAUUGUCAUUUCCCGGAAAUCUUAUAUGGGAGCAGGUAAAGGUAAAGGGACCCCUGACCAUUAGGUCCAGUCGCAGACGACUCUGGGGUUGCGGCGCUCAUUUCGCUUUACUGGCCGAGGGAGCCGACAUUUGUCUGCAGACAGUUUUUCCAGAUCAUGUGGCCAGCAUGACUAAGCCGCUUCUGGCGAACCAGAGCAGCACACGGAAACGCCAUUUACCUUCCCGCCGGAGUGGUACCUAUUUAUCUACUUGCACUUUGACGUGCUUUCGAACUGCUAGGUUGGCAGGAGCUGGGACCGAGCAACGGGAGCUCACCCUGUCGCGGGGAUUCAAACCGCCGACCUUCUGAUCGGCAAGCCCUAGGCUCUGUGGUUUAGACCACAGUGCCACCCGCGUCCCUUAUAUGGGAGCAGACAACCCAUCAAAUAUUUAGAUCCUAAGCCAUUUAGGGCUUAAAUUCAUAUAUUAUAUGAAUGUAAAUAGCAUAUGAAUAUUGGUUAUAAUAUUGCUGUCAAUGCUCAAAAGCCCAAUCUCAUCACCUGAAUUGUGUAUCAUAUUUGUAAUGUGAUUGGGCAAAAUAGUGUGGGGUGUGCAUAUGAAAGCCUUUAAGGCCUCAGCUCAGUUCCAUGAAGGAGUGUUGUCAUGGCGGUUCUUUUUUUGGCCAUUAGUCUCUUGUUUUGCAUACAUGUUGAUGUAAGGAAAUACAUGUAGUAGAACAGAUUUUGUAAUGCUACUUCAUUUUCCCUUGUACAAUUUGCUUGAGAAACCUGCUCAAGUUUGGACUUUAUUAUUAUUUCUUUCUCUGUAGGCAUCGUUUUCUAGUUUAAAUACAUUAGCUCUUAUUCAGGUGUUUUUUCCCUACUUUUGGCAGAGAUAUUAAAAACAUUUAUAUUGAUGGCUUUUGACUUAUAUGCUGAGGCUUUGAGAGAUGGGAUUUUUUUCCUACUUUUGGCAGAGAUAUUAAAAACAUUUAUAUUGAUGGCUUUUGACUUAUAUGCUGAGGCUUUGAGAGAUGAGAUUUUGGGUGUGAGGUUGCAUAUUACCUUACAGUAAUAUUCAUGGUCACCUAAUGAGCAUGAGCAUCUUCGCUUUCUCAGAAGCAGACAUUUGCCUUUUCCCAACCUUUCACUUUAUUUCUAUAUCUUGUGACUACUGAAAUAAUAAUAAUAAUAAUAAUUACUUCUACUACUAUUAUAAUCACCAUCACAACAAACUAUUUGGCUGUUGCAUAAUCAAAACACUGGAAGAUAUAGUACUAUAUCAUUGAAGGAGUUUCAUUAAAUUUUCCUGCUUCAGAGCAGAUUUGAUGAAAUUUAAUCCUAGUUGCAAUUUAUAUGAUGCCAUGUCCGGGCAUAUGUUUAUGUAUGAAUUCUGCUUGAAAGUAUCUCUGGCACUAAUAGAGGUAAGUGUUUUUCUUGAAAAAGGUUAAGAGCAGCAGGUGGUGGCGUCUGUCUCUGGAAAAUGUUCUUCGGGAAUCUUUUUGAUAACAUCUGUUCUGUUACUAUUGUGUGUGGGCAAUCAGAUCUUGAUGACCUCAUAAUUUGCUAUUUGCUUGUAGUGCUAAUGCCCCAAGACUUCAUACGGGGCACUUUUUUGUUCGUGAAAACUCUAAUGGUGGCCACCACCAGUUUUAGUGCGUGAGCCCAAAGCUCAGGUACCUUCCAGAAUAGUUAUUUUCGUGGAAUGUGGCAGUUAAGAGUCAGACAAAACUUAGUGGUGUGAGGAGAAAUUGGCAUUUUGGAGAGCACUUUAAUGAUGGACUAGGCCAAGCCUCACUACUGAAUCUGGGGUAAAAUGUUCUGACUGGAAAUUUUUUUCUUCAGGGUCUUUCUGGCUGAUGGAAACAGGAGAGCAAUUUUAAAUUUUUGAAGGAAGAAAUCAAUUCCAGCAAUAGACCCUGAGGCAGUGCCACAAAGAAGUGCUCUGAAUGGUGAGAGCAGCACGGCUGCCUAUUGCCUCUGAAACAGAGGUAGAUGUUCAGUUUCUCCGAGUUCUUGUCUUAAGUCCAGUUUUAACGGGACCUUUUUAGAUGGUACGAAAAGCCUCCUUCAGUAAACCUGCCUCCAUGCUUUUGUGUGUGUGUGUGGGUGGGUGGGUUACAUCUAGCAUUUGUCUUUCCACAUGGGUGGAUGUUGUGCUGUGCCACAUAGUAUGAGUAAAGUAGAGUCUUUUGUGAGUGUGGUGUCUUGAUUUUUAUUGUAGAUCUCUAUCUUGUUACAGGUGACAUGAUGUUUUAAGUGAUGGAACUGAUGCAAAGCUUUAAAAAUAGUAUCGCAGAGCUGUAUUAGUCAUAAAUGUAAAACACACAAUUGUGUACCUGAAAUUGACAAGGACACGCCCUGUUGUUUGCAUGGUGUUUACAUUUCCCAAAUUGCGGGCUUAAUUCUUGGCUAAAAUCACAAUAUAAGUUUCCUCUUCUUAUUGGACUUCUAAUUUCCUCUUUCACCUUCCCUUCUGUUUGUUCCCCAGUUACAUUUUAAUACAUGGUUGAGUUUGGUUGACCUCAACUUUUGGGGGUUCUAGGUACAUUUAUCAUUAAAUUAUUCUCUGACCUUCCCCCACCAGAGAGUGGCUUUGGAUAAUAUUUCUGCAUUGCAACUUCCUGUUCAUGUGCAUCUUUGUUUUUAAUCUGACAUAGGACUUCCACAUCUGCACUGCUUGGAGAUUCAAGGACAAUUUCAGGCAGCAGUUAUUUUUAAAUUGCUGUUCAGAUGAUGUGGAAACAAGAACAACUUGUCACUUGGUUUUCCUUUUGUAUCAAUAUCUCUUAAAGACACUAUGCUGAAGGAAAGAGAGAGAGAGAGAGAGAGAGGGAGAGAGGGAGAGAGGGAUAGAAUUAAGUUCUUAUAUGGCCUGAAUUUCUGUUGUGAAAUUCUUCUCUGUAGUGGCACCUUCCCUUCAGGUGUCAAGGAAAUAAACAACUAUCUGACUUUUAGAAGACAUCUGAAGGCAGCCCUGUAUAGGGAGGUUUUUAAGGAUUGAUGUUUUUAUUAUGUUUUAGAUAUGUUGUAAGAUGCCUAGAAACCAGCCAGAAGGGUGAGGUAAAAAUAAAAUUAUUAUUAUUAUUAUUAUUAUUAUUAUUAUUCACAGACGUUAAAAUUCAGAGAGAUUAGAGGCAACUUUGAGGUGGGGAUCUGUUCUCCCAUUCCGUGGAAAGUACCAUGUACAUAGAUGACACCACAUAAUUAAUAAUAAUAUAUCUCAGAAUCAAGCAUCUACAUAGUCUGUGCAAGCCUAGGCUGGCUAUGUCUAUGAAGGACAUUGAAUUUACACUACAUAAAAAUAAUAUGCAAAAAACCCCAACACAUUUCCUGCCAUUUUUUUCCCAUAGAAAAAUUUAUGUCAUCAUUUUAAAUAUUCGUGUCUUAGAUUGAACUGUUGAAGUGCAAGCGGUGUGUCUCAUAAUUUGUUGCAGCUCAUGUAAAGUUAGAGGCAACUGUAGUUCUACAUUUGAAUGAAUAAGAUAUGGUCUCUUGUACAGAGAACAGAAUAAAUCUUGAGAAGGUCAAGGCUUAAGGCAUGCUGGUACUUCCUAGUGGUGAGAUGAAAAACUGGGUGGUGCAUAUAUAUAACCACGUCGUCGUGAUGAGUUUCACUAGUACAGGCAUCCCCCACUUACAUGGGGGUUACAUUGCAGGCCUGCGCGUGCAUAAGUGAAGUUGUGUGAAGUGCAAUCUCUGCCACUCUCUCCUCAAUCCAUACAAAAAAAGAAGAAGAAUGUUUUAUCCAAAAAUAUCCACAACUAGAAUUGAAGCUGUGGAGCAGGCAGGAGGCUGGAGGGAUGUGUGGGAAAGUGGUGGCAGCGGCGGCUGCACUACCCCACACAUCAGCUGUUAGGCGGGGAGGCUGAGCAGCAUAAACAAAGCCCAGUCUCUUCAGGGCUUCCUCCACCUUCACUGAUACCCUCUUCCGGCUCUGGGGUUGGUCUUUUCGUGAGCCACAAGAACUCCUUUCUGGUUUGAAUCGAAUUAUUUAUUUCCCGUCACUGCAUGUAUACUCGGUCACACGUGAGUUGAUCAUGUGCAAGUGGGUGACGCUUGCAUGUCUCUUAGAUGCCAGUGAACAUGGGGAGUAACUCAAACAAGGGGUAUCUGAAUGUUUAGCAAUAUAAAUACUCUUCUUUGCCAUUGUUCUCAGGUUAAUUUUGGAUGAAUUUUAUUGGGAAAGGGUCAUUCAGUUGCUUUUAACUCUUUGGAUUCUUUAAAUAUCAACCUUUUAAAUAGAGGUCAUGUCAUUAUAUUCACAUUGACCAGUGCAGCUUACAAAUAUGCUCCCGCAAGAAAUCACCUAGGAAGUUAAGUAACUGAGACAAAGUAGUGUGAUAGAAAGUGUAAGAACAGAAAUUGAUAAAAUGUAUACCAGUGUUUUCAUUAUAUUCCAACAGUUUUUUUCUCUCUUUAAUUUAUGUGAAUGCAUAUUUUAAGAUAUAGCUGCAUCAUUUCUUUCUAUACUAAUUGCUUGUGGUUUGGGCUAAGAAAUAGCAACUGUCCAGAUGUUCUUUGAUUCAGCUACAAUACUUGGCUUCGUUUGUUGGGUGGUAUUCAGUGUUUUGCAGAUAGAUCUCAAAAGCACCUUUCUGAAGGAGGAAAAUGUUUCCUCCAACAGAGGAAGCUCAUUUGAACCCAACCCAAUGAUAUAAAGUAAUUUCAAUAAGUUAUAUAUGCUUUUAAGAGAAUAUACACACCAUAUUAAACUGUAUUUUGAGGCUCUAGACAUGAAACACUUCAGGUGACUGGUAAAUGAAUAGAUUUAUCUGAAAAAGAAUUGCCAAGGACUUUUCAGUAUUUUCUCUUCAAAAGUGUUCUUAAAAGAAAAACUCUUAAUAUCUAGCUAGCAUAUUAGAUGCAUUGUGCAUCUAAAUGCAUUGUGCCCAUGUAUUCUUUUUGUUUUAAUGUUUUCUUGGUAUAAUUGCCUAGCUUGGUAAUUCAGGUGAAAAAAGAAGUCUUUGAUCAAAUAACUUUGUUUUUGUAAAGAUCUGGCAACAUUUCUUGCAGGUACCUUUUGAUUUAUAACCCUACAGAACAAGAACGCUCAUCAGUGGUUUCAGUCUACGUGAAUACACCUCGAGUUAAAGUAUUGUCUCCUUCUGGAAGACCAGUUGUGGUCCAGCUUACCGCAGUAUGGGAUGGAGCUGCUAAAAUAAUAUAUGAUGCAUACCAGGUAAGCUAUUUGUAAUACAUCUAUGAACGUGUACUGAACAAGCAUGUGAAUGUUUUGUAUGUGGGAAGUAGUAGUACCAAUGACAAACAAAAACGGAAUUCAGUCAUCUACAACUGUUGCUAGAUAAUGUAUUUGGGAGAAUUUUUAAAGCAUACAAGUGAUAAUUUUAACUUUGGGAUUUGAUUAUUGUCUCCCCCUUUAUAAAUAGUAAUGAGAUGCCUAUGCAUUUGAGACUUGGAAGGUGCAUAAAAUUACUACAGCAUGUGUGUUUACUUGGAAGUAAGCUCACUUUAAUUUCUUGGAGGUUGCUCCUAAGAAAUUGGGUAUAGGAUUGUAGUCCUACUAAAGCUUUCUUUUAAUCCAGGUUAUAGUUCCAAAGUGACAAAAAAAACCAUCAUUUUUUCAUUUCAAAUAUUUAGUUUAAUUAAUGUUUUUCCUGGUGGUGAGAAGUCAGAGCUGAAUGUGUAAGUUUGAAGUUAACAAUUCUCUGAACAUAAAAUAAGUUAUUUUGUUUGUCUCUCUGGGAAAGGAGAAUCCAGGUUACGUGUCCUUUCAAAUUCUCUUGGCUCUCCAAAUUCAUAAAAUUCUGUGGAAUUUCCAUCAACAUUUUUUUCUGCUAUAAUCCUUAUGCUUUUUGUAACAGUUUCCUAAAAGUGCAAAAUGAAAACAUUUUUCUCUGCUACUGCUGAAGUACAAGAAACCUACUGAGGGGAUGCAGCUGUAGUGUUUGAGCAUGCAGAAAAUAACUGUUCUUGAUUUCCCUUUCUGUCUCUUGCUUGAAAUAUAAGUAAGCGUCUUUACUUGUGUGAAACAGCUUUAAAGAAAAGCACAGCAAUUCUUUAUAUAUUCAAGUAAGAGUACAUGCAGUGAUUAAAAGAAGGAUGGUUUGUUGCUCCAAAAUAUUUUUUUGUUGAUUCAUUGCUCCUCAAAUUUCUCAAACGUAGAAGAAUUUGAUUGCAUCAUUACCUUUGAAUUUCUUAGAAUAGAAGCAAAUGAGGAUAAAUUGAUGUAGUGGAAUCUUUGACUGAAUGCAGUUUUUUUGAAAGGAAGCUAUUGUAGCUAAUAUUGUGUCCUAGGUUCUGCUUUAUUGUGGGGAAAGCAUGGAUUUAAUAAACUGAAAAGAAUCCUGCUAAAUGAGAUCUAGCUCUCUUGAGUACCAUUAUUUUCACAUGUCUGUUCAUAACAAGGAUGUUGGCUUUGAUUAGAAAAUAGUUCCUAGCACUGUUGUGAGUUUGGGAUCUUGGUAUAAGUCAUCCUUUGGGGACCAAAUAAUUUUGUUUACACUUGGAUGUCUGCUCUUGAUAUUGAAAAAAAUAACCUUUCUUUGCCUUCACUUAACAGAUUUCUUUCUUGGUUCGUAUACCACCCUUGGGUUUUGGAGUUUACCAGCUGCUGGAGGGUCUGAGUUCGGAAGCUGCAUUGGCGGACUAUAAUCUCUAUCAUAACGACAAAGCUAAGCUAGUCAAGCCCUAUAGAGUUUUCAACGUUAAAGAGAUACAGAAUGCUCUGGAUGAGAUCAUGCUAGAGAACUCUUACAUGAAAGUCUGGUUCUCUGGGAAUUCUGGACUUCUUGAGGUAUGUAUAUUUAACUAUUUGAGAUUGAAAUAAUGUGGAAUAACAGUAUUAUUAUUAUUAUUAUUAUUAUUAUUAUUAUUUAUUAUUCCUUUAGAAAGUAAAUACGAAAGAAAAUAAUAAAAAUCACCGUGUCAAGAUGGAAUUUGUUUGGUAUGGGACUACAAGUAACAGAGAUAAGAGUGGGGCUUAUCUCUUCUUACCGGAUGGAGACGCCAAGGUAAUAAUAAGCUUGUGUUUGGACCAUAUUGAGGAAAGCAGGGAAGAGUGUAUAUACUGGCUUUGAUCCAGAGGUACCAUUCUGCUAGUGGAAAACUUCCCCCACUUUUGAAAUAGAUGUUGUGACCUCCCAGAAGAGCACUGGAUUGAGAAAAGUGAGCCAUGACUGACUGGGAAGAUAGGAGGAUGAAUCUCUUGAGAGUCAGUGCUCAUUUAGCUAUCCAUUAGUGGUAAACUGGGAUCUGAUCAAGAACAUUUUUAUCACUUGUCGUGUUAUAUAGGUAUCACUAAAAAAAAAUGGACUUAAUCCAGAUAUGCUCUUAUUGGAAGAAAUAGAGGCAGGGUGAUUUUUGCUGGUUACGCCUUCCUGCUGCGUCCCCUUUGUGUUUCUUGAAAACAUACCCUUAAGGAUUGGGAGAACUAGGUUCUAAGAGAUGAGGUGAGGAAAUCAGGGGGAAUUGUCUUGUACUCCACAGCUUCUUCCAUCAAUGGAAGGAAGCUUUCCAUUUCUGGAAGGGCAACUGCACAGCCAACCUAAAAUAUUGAAGUAGAUAGUGAAAUGGGCCUUCAUUUUUCACUGAAGAUAAACUGCAGAUACAAAACAUUUUGGAAACGGGGAUCUACAGCAGGAUUGAGGAGCAUCCAAUCCACAGACCUAAUUAGGUCUGGGAGGGGUCGCUGCUUGACUCAUGAAGCUGUUACCCACCCACCCCCAAAACUACAAUCACCUGUCCCAGGCCUCCAUCAGAUGAGGGGCAGGUGGAGAUGUGGCAGCCAAUAAACGAUCAGGACCUUUGAAAUGUGCUCCUGGUUGUGCAUUUAUAAGGGGAGGGGGCUUGCUGUCGCUGCCGAUGACUGAGAAGGCCAUCUCCCAGUUUUCUUGGGAUUUCCAUAAAUAAAUAUUCCAAUUUUAUGAAAAGCUGUGCCAGAAAGGGGGAAACUAUUUAAUUAGCGAUCAGAUAUUGUUGAAUAACAAUUGUCCUUUGUAUAUAGCUCUUGGUUGAAGCUUGAGGGAUCUUUGACAAGAUAAAUGUGGCCCAAAAUCCAUCUCUCUCAUACAAAGUAUGAUUUUAACUUGGAGCUCUUUCAAGGCGUUCCACGGAUGUGGUGAAAGAAGAUGUGUGAGGGACAUGCUUCUUCCUACUUUUUGGAGCUCCUCUGAAGGGUUGCAACAACAGUGCCCCCCCCCCCUUAAGCAAGACAAUGAAAUGUGAAGAUUCAAAGUACUAACAUAAUUUUGCUUUUGUCUUUUUGCAGCCCUAUGUUUUCUCUGAUCCACCUAUCAUACGAGUUACACAUGGGAGGAUCUUUUCUGAAGUUACUACUUUUUUCCAUCAUUUGACACACACAGUACGACUUUACAAAGUUCAUGGUAAUGUAUUGUUAGCAAAUCUAGCUGUGCAAUUAUGUUCCAGUUCUUUUAGGGUUUAAUAUUGUCUUGUUUCGGUGCAUGUGAAUACAGUUGACUUUCCUACAGUUUCCCAUUUUAGAAACUUGUUAACUGCAGUGAGAGUUGUUCAGAAAUGAACUCUUUGAUCUGCUACAUUUAUUCAGCCUACUUUAGAUUAAUGUAAUCCAUUAUUUGUGGUGGUGCCUUUGAAAAGUGUUUGGGAACGUCAACUGGUUUCAACUAACAGUCUUACAUAUAUAUAUUUGUAUCUAUAUAUCUAUAGAUAUAGACAACCACCUCUGCCAGGGACCCUCACUCAAGUAUAAGCCAUGGGGGGCUUUUUCAGCAUAAAAAAAUUGCCGAAAAAGUCGGCUUAUACUCAAGUAUAUACGGUAAACAUUAUACAACCUUUAAAAUAUCCAAUGACUUCCCUUCUUCUCCUUCUGUAGUUCAUAUUACAAAUCAUACUUUCCUGCAUAUUUUACUAUAACCAUUCAAUUUUCCACUUUUACAUCAAUCAAAUAUUGUUUACUCUGUUGAAUUUAUCUUAAUGCUGCCAGUGUUUUCAGCUGUGUACAAUUAUUCUCCAUAUAUUCAGUAAAUAUUUUCCAUUCUUCUUUAAAUAUAUGUUCUUCUUGCUCUCUUAUUCUGUGGGUUAAAUCUGCAAGUUUUUCUUCGUAUUCUAACAUCUAAAGUUGCCAGUGCUCUUUACAAGGGACCUUGCUCACUUUGCAUUUGGGGGCUGACAGAACAUGGGCUGUUGUUGUUGCAUACAUAAACAAAACUUUUCUGGCCCCUGGGAAUUUCUGUCUGGGUUAUUCCCAACAAAAAGGGCUCUGGUUUUUUAGUGGAAGGUAAAUCUAAACAUUUCCCCCCAAACUCAUUAUAAAUAAUUUCCCAACUCAUUCUUUAAUCCACACUACUUUUGAAAAUCAAAGGAGGUGGAAUCAGUUGAAUUAAUAAAUAUAUCAUGUGCAAAAGAUGGCAUCUUCUGACAUCUUUCCUUUGGUUCCAGUCCUCUUCUAAAGCAGGAUAUGCAGCUCUAGAGAUUCAACUGAUAGAAGCAUCUAUGAAACCCCUCUUUAUGUGGCUCCAAUUGAGCUGCAAAUAUAUGUUGCACUUGACUGGUUCCUUACUGCUUAGGAUCAUGGGUUUGACUAGUAUUUGGAAAUUACUGAAUCUCAUUUUAUAUUUAGGGCUUGAAGGUCAGUCCCUUGAGGUAUCCAACAUUGUGGACAUUAGAGGAGAAUACAAUCGUGAGAUUGCAAUGCGGAUUUCAUCUGACAUAGAAAGCCAUAACAGAUUUUACACUGACCUCAAUGGAUACCAGGUAAACACCAUGUUAAUUUAAACACAGGGGUUAUGUUCUACGUUUUAGAUUAGCCUUUUUGUUAACAUUUACUCUCAUCUUUUAUUGGAGUGGUGUUUUUUAAAAAAUUAGUAACAAUUAAAAAUUUCUAUAAACUGGAUGAAAAUCUUAAAAUAUUUACGUUAUCUUCCCAUCCUCCUCAUCCCCUAUUUUUUAAAAAUUCCACUCAAUUUUAUCAGACAUUAAUGAAGAAAUGCCACCUUUUAUCUCCCACUAAUGAUACCAUGUCUGUCCCCAUGUUUUGUCUCUCUCCCUUAUCUGGAUUCCCAAGUCAGGACAGCAGAGAGGUGCUUCCAUUCCCUUUAAAAGGGAGUUAUCAGCUAGCAUAACCUGAGGUUGGUGCAAUCAGUAUGUUUGCUGAUGAACCCACAGCCAUGGUGGAAUGCAGCAGACCUCACUCAGGCAAGCUCCCUGUAUUUUCAGCAACAUGUAUGCAAGCUCUUGCACAUGGUAAAUUAGAAGAUUAGCAGGCACACAGAAAGCAAGUGAAUCUCAAAAAUGAGGAAGAGAAAUAAAAACCCAGUUGUUAACCGCCUUCUCUUAUACCAGUUCACCCUUUCACUGAGAUUUUAAUCUGUGACUUUCCUCUGGGAGCUCCCACAGAUUUAGCUGAGUUGCAUACAGAUGUUUGUUUGUUAAAAUAUUAGUUAGAAAGAUAACUUGUUUAUAGGCUGUCAUCAAUAACUUGGUUUUAGGGAAAGAAACAGAAAUUGGGCAAGCCUGAAAGUAUAGUACAGUCAUUCCUUGGCUCCAAACCAAACCGGCUCCAAAUUCCAAACCGGAAGUGAGUGUUCCGGUUUUCAAACGUUCUUUCGGAAGCCGAAUAUCCAAUGGGGCUUCCACAGCUUCCAUUUGGCUGCAGGAUGCUCCUGCAGCCAAUCAUAAGCCACGCAUUGGAAGUCAAAUGUUUCGGAAGUCGAACGGACUUCCAGAACAGAUUCUAUUCAACUUCCAAGGUACGACUGUAUUCAAUUACCAUUUAGCAAAAUCUAUUUUUCUAUUUGUCUUAUGUAAAUUAUCAAUGAAAUUUACUGAAGUCACAUUUGAUAAUUUAGAUUCAGCCUAGACAGACAAUGAGCAAAUUGCCUCUUCAAGCAAAUAUUUAUCCAAUGGCAACAAUGGCUUAUAUCCAGGAUAGCAAGAUACGCUUGUCUCUUCUUUCUGCUCAGUCUCUUGGCGUUGCAAGUUUAAAAAGUGGUAAGUAACACUAGAAGGUUUUAAAGACUGACUAUGCUGGAAAGUAAACAAUGUUGUGGUCAUAACAUAGCUCAAAGGCCUUCAAGUUCCAUGGAAUUCUCCAAGGUUAAUCAAGGCUCUAUGAAUAGUUGAUAAGAUAUGUAGGUGCUUGCUGAAACAUUAGAGGAAAAAGUAAUAUAAAUAGAGCAAUGUUUAUGAAUAUUUUGGACAAAAGAUCUUGGAUUAGGAGAGCUUUAAGACGUCCAAUUUUUUAUACCUGUUAAUAAUUCUAUCCUUUAUGCAUAUGUAGAAUAAUGGGUAGUCUGUCUUUUCAUAGCAGCAUGAUUUUUAGAUACUUUAACAGAGUGCUGAGUGGUGGAUCCAGAAUAAGACGAAUGUUUGUUUUUAGGCCAAUUAGAGGUCAUCAUGGAUCGCCGACUUAUGCAGGACGACAAUCGAGGUUUAGGACAAGGUGUACAAGAUAACAAAAUCACAGCUAAUCUAUUCCGAAUUCUGUUGGAGAAAAGAAAUGGAGUAGAUAUGGUAGGAGAAGUGUUACAAAUAACUUGAUUUCAGUUUCUUAAAUAUUAGCUUCCAAAUAUAUGUACAUGUAUAUGUAUCAUAAGAACAUUUUACCAAGGGAUUCUCCAUAUCUCUAAUUAGUACAUUAAUCUUUCAGUUUUCCAAAUAUGGAUUCACUAAUGUUAUUCAACCUGACUAUGGUGUGUCAUAAAGUUUUUCUGUUCUUCCCUGUUUUAGGGAGUUCAUAUGAAAGAAUGUGUUGCUAUAAUGUCACUCACUAAGUCCAAAUAAAUUCUGGUGUAAGGGGGUUGGGCGAAAGGUGAUUCUUCCAUCUGUAGAACUGUAGACAUCGGCAUCACUGUAAGACUCCUGUGGUUUGCAGGGGAGCACAUGGGGCCUUCUACAUGCAAAAGGGGGGGGGGAUAGAAACAGUGAUUGUGGUGGUAAAUGCAAUGGGGACCAACAGUAGGCUCAUUGUUGGGAGAGGGAUAGCAAUGACAAUAGUUGAAUAUUUGGUCCUCUACACUACUCUUAAGAUGAAAUAUUUCAGCAUCAUGCUUUGCGUCAUAUGACUUGUAUCUACUAUAAAGUGAAGUCAUACAGAUGCACAACUUAGCAAAUUUUCACAGGGGUGCAUAAAGAACAUCCUGAGUGUACAAGCCAAGCUGCUUUAAAUUAAAUGUAUUUAUUUAUCACAGUCUUAAGUGGUACAGAUUUGACAAAGAUAAACGCCAUUCCAGUCUAUGGUGUAGUCACAGAUCAUUAUACUGGGACCCCAGGGAAGUCUGAGGUAGUAGCAGUUAAAUUUAAAAUCUUUAUUAACGCUGCCUGAAAAACCAUAAAUAGUGCUACAAAUGUUGGAUACAGGCAGAGUAUAGCAGGUUACCUAGUUAAAUGAGACACACAGAGAAACAGCCCAGUAAACCAAGAAAAGGGUACCUUUGUUUGCUUCAGGAUUAAAAGAGCACACUGUUCAGUUAUCCAUCAGGAACCAGCAUGACAGAGGGAUGCAAAAGACCCCCACAGAGAGUAUGGAUGAUAAAGAACCAGUUCCUUUGGUAUAUGCAUAUAGACCCCCAAUAGAUCAGCUAAGCACUCCCAAAUGCUGCAUAACCACUUCUAUAUGAGAGAAAGAGAAACUACACAAUUCACACACUGUGCCAUAGGUUAAAGUAUGUGCCCCAACGGUGCUGUGGCUUCUUUUGACCGCUAGAGUGUAUGUCUGUUUAUGGUAAUCUUUUGGGGGCACUGUUGACUUUAAAACACUGUUGCCUACCUAUGUCCCAAAUGCCAUUUAGUUUUAUUCAUGGGUUCAUUUAUCAGCUUAAAUGAAUGCAUAUAUGUUCAAUGUACCACAACUGAAAAUAGCUUACUACUAUCUUCUUUUUUUAAUAGAAAGAAGAAAAAUCAGCAGUCAGCUUUCCUUCUCUCCUUAGUCAUAUAACAUCAUCUUUCAUAAAUCAUCCUUUGAUUCCAAUGAUUACCUAUGCAGACAUCGGCCUCCCAUCACUGUUGAAUACCUUUUCUCCAUUAAUGUCAUCCAUGCCCUGUGAUAUGAAUAUAGUUAACUUAAGAACCAUACAAUCAAAGGUAAGCUUGAAAUAAGUUUGAAAUAGUUAUUUCAGUAUACUCAAAACUAUUGCUUUCUAGAAAGCCCCUUUACAAGACUUCUGAAAUGGGUCUCCGAAGAAAUUAGUACAGUCUUAGCAUAUUUUACUCCUAAACACUAUAAAAUGUGCCUGACAUUGUUGACAUUGUUAUUGAUACUCUCUGGUGUCAAAGAGCAGUGCAGAAGUAAGUUUGAGAAGUGAGUAAGGGCUUGAGUCUGAUUACUAGGAUGAUUUAUUUGAGAUGCACAGCUCCUUACCUACUUAUAACAAUGCUUUGCAACCUAGCUUGUGACAUGUACUUCCAUGAAUGUAGAUUUACAGAUGCAGUCACUUCUUUUCUACACAACAAACAACAUUAAUUUCUAUGGGCAAUAACUCUGUGUAUGCUACGUAUGGGCUUUCAUUAUGUGAGUCUACUGAAGUAGAGAGUGAUAAAUGUCUGCUUCCUUAUAGACCACAAACCAUCAUUUUUGUACAAGGAACAAUAAAAUUGUAGAUUUCUCUGCCUAAUGAUGCAUAUUAUUGGAAUGAUAAACGUCAGCAUAUUUAAGACAAUGUGAAAUUACGAAAUAUUGCAAUCUUUCAUUAGUAGCAUUAAAAUACUCAGAUUUAAACCAGACAGAGAAUAAGAUGAAUUUUGGUAAUCAAGAAGAACCAAAAGACUUUUCCAGAUAACGUUUGCCUCCGUUCUCUCUCUCUUGGCAGUAGCAUCUCCCCACCCCCCCUGCAAAAAUAGGGAAGGUGUGAUGAAGCCUUGUCAUAAAAUAGCCAUGCUCCUGUUCACAGCACUAAAUAAAUAAAGGGAGAAGUGUUCUUACACACUGGGUGGAUAGUGGGCAGCCUUUAGAAUACAAAUAUUUUAAAGCAAAAGCCUAACAAAAAAGCAGAUAAUCUUGCGUAAUGGGCAACAGGUAGGUAUGCUGAAAAUUGCUGCCGUAUUUGUUUUGCUAUCGUUAAAGGGAUAGAUGAUACGCCUGAAAUGUACUUCAGUGCAGGGCACAACAUACUAUUGCCAUAAGAUAUGGUGGUGGCCACUAGUUUUAAUUGGCUUAAAUUAGACAGCUUCAUGGAGGAUACGUCUGUCAGUGGCUACUAGUAAUGGAUGGCUCUUUGUGUAAAUUUCUCUAAUGGUGUUUUCAGUGUCAUUUAGUAGCUGACAGCAUGGGUUUUGAGAGUUCCGCUUCAAUAAAAUGUACAUAUUUUGCACACCUAUCAUGUAUUCCCAUCUUCUGCCUUUUAGAAGAGCUGUUGUAUGUGCCUGCUAACAUUGUAGGCUCCUGAAUCCUUAAAAAAAAAACAACCUAAAAAAGCUUAGACCCUUCCUUUUUGUACAAUUGUAUGCACUGUUUUAGUUAUGUGGGAGGUUAUUUUGCCUGAAUUUCUGGCUUAGUUUUUAGUGCCACCGCCAAGUGAAUCUAACGGUAUAUAAAGUAACAGAUGCUUUGUUCAUCUUACUGAGCUGUUUAUUAGCCCAUAACCUGUUUCAGAUAACAUCUGUAUUCCUGCACACAGGCAUUUGGGGAUAUAACUGCUAUGUAUGCCAAAAUCUUCUAAGUUUUACUAUAGUAAUUAAAAUUAUGUAUGUGACUGAACCUGUUAUGGCCAUAUAACUGAGGUCUAAAAUCAUAGCAAUAAUCAGUGAAGUUAGGCAAUGUUGGGCUCCAGAGUAACUUGUCAAUUUCCUAGCAGUUUCAGUCACGAUUCAAAAGUUUGUGCCUCUGCCCAGACUCUACAGUUCUUUCCUCCUCUCCUCACCCCCUUUGCCCACAAUUUCUCGUUUUGUUUUGCAGGCAGAUUCUGGGCCGUCUGAGGAAGCAGCCCUGAUUGUUCACAGGAAGGGAUUUGAUUGUAGGUUCACAAGCACAGACCUGGGCCUCCUCUGCUCUACAACUCAGGGAAAGGUAUUCUACAAUAUUUUAGAUUUAUUCAUACGGUAGUAGAGAAACAAGUUGGCAGAGAUUGAGUCAGCCAUUUGAUAAUGGCUUGGACCUGCUCAAUUGGAUUUUCUACCUUCUUUCCUUGGAGUAGCAGGCUCUUAUGCUAUGUCACAAACCAGUCCUGAAAGUCUCUUCAGUUUUAGAGACGUUUCCCAUGUUGCAUGAUGAGGGACUGCUGUUUGAGAAACACAAGCCUGCAGUUCACUUAAGUGAGCAGAAUUGUAGCGCCCUGUUCACCUCUGCAUAGUUCCAUGCUUACUUCAGACAUCAUGGUAUAUUGUGAUGUUUUGCUGGUGAUACAUCGCGAUUUUGAAAGCCAGAUAUUGCCCAGCCCUCACACACAUUGUGAUUUGUGAUAUAUUGCCAGGUUAUAAAUAUUAUGAAACAGUUUUCACGAUGUGAACUUCAAGCCGGUUUUGGACGAUAUAUCCAUAUUUCGCCCAGCCCUAGUUAGAACCUACUUACGAGGAACUCGUAAGAUUUAGAUUUCAACUAAAAAUCAUUAAAGAGUGAAGUUAAAAUUCAUGUCCAAUUCUGUGUUGUAAAUAAUGAUCUUUUUUUACUUCUCCAGCUAAAGGUGCACAGACUCUUUAACAAGUUCCAUGUGGGAAGUCUUAUACCUACAUCCUUAUCUUUGAUGCAUUCACCUCCAGAUGCCAGAAACAUUAGUGAAAUCAGUAUGAGUCCUAUGGAGAUAAACACAUACAGAAUUCAGCUGAGAUGAAACUUGACCUUUAGAACUCAAAUGCUAAAGAAGAAUCUGCAACUUUUCUCAAAGAUUGGUGUGCAAUAAGACGCACAUUUCUAUUCCAGCUUCUUGGAUACUGUGACAGUACAUUCACUCUAGAAUUUAUUUGAUCUCCAGCACAGUAAAAAGCCAUGAUGCAAGCAAGCAACUUUACCAUUAACAAAAUGCCAACAUCAGUAUAAGAAGUGGAAAGAAAAACAAAGGAUAUUUUCAUCAACAUAGUGAAUCUCAGGUUAAAUGUUAGUUUAUGGCUUCUAAGUUUAUGAUUUUGUGUUUGAAAGGUUGGGACUGUUGACUUUUAAAUGGUUUUCUGAUCUGUAAUUGGGUCUUAAAUAAUUACAUAUUGUUGAAAUCCCAGAUAGUACAGUCUGGAAUUAAAACCCUGAAUAUGCUCUGGCGAAGCUAUUGUCCAAAUACUUGUAAAGACUUCUAUAAGCGACAGUUACAAUUUGUUCCACAUGGAGUCUGCAUUUAUCCCACUCUAGCCGUAGAGUGAAAUCCAAGAGCCUUUGAGAAGUGUGGAAAAUUAUAAUCACUUGUCCUACCAUCUUGAAGUGGCAGAAGUUAAAAUUCCGGAAUUUUAGAUUUCAUCUUUCUUGGAAAUGUCAAACAAAACUUCUGUUUCGUUACUUGACACAUUGGGAUAUGUGCAAUUACUCCAUUAUGAAGAGUAAGGAAAGUUAAGUCUAUAAUUUCAUGAAUACAAGAUUUUUUUACAAAACAUUUGGAUACUAAUGCUCUCUGAAAGCCUUUUUCUAUUUCAAUAUUUCAAUAUCAAAAUAAAUGUGCCUUAUUUUUUGAUACAUCUUGUUACUCUAUUGGUGUCCAUGUAGUGUUUUUUGGGGGGGAAUGGGGAAGGACAUUAAAACACAUAUUUUUUAUUUGACAGUGGUGGGUACAUUCCGUUCUCCUGCACCAAAUUGGUUCUGGUGGUGGUGGUCUGAAUGCUCUAAUUGAAUGUAGAAAAUGAUGUAAUGAAUUAAAACAAUGGAAGAAUAAAUGAUACUGUAAAAUUCAUCUAUCAGUUAAACUGCAACAUACACAUAAAUUUAAAGGUGUGCAAAAGCUGCCUUGCCAUGUAUAUUGUAGCAAACAGUGCAUUGAGAAUCAUGUGCCUAUAUUUUUAAAAUGUCACUGUACAAACUUAAAUGUCCAUGCUUAUUUUGCUAAUGUUUGUUACAUAUUUCUGAAGAUGCUAUUCCUCAGUAUUUCUGCCUCCAGUAUUUUACACUGAGUUCUUGAAGCCAUGGGGAUUUAAAAGUUCCACUUCCCUAAAUAAAGUUACUGUUUACUAUUGGGUAAAGGCUGCAAUCCUAUUAACACCUAGGGGCACAUUCCACUGAACCCAAUGGGACUUGCUCCUGUGUAGACAUAUGUAGGAAUGCACUGUAAAUUGCAAUUCUUUAUGAUUCCAGUUCCUUUAACCUUCACCUUUUUUUAAGUUUUGCUGAUACAUAAUUUCCUCUGAAACUAAUACUUUAAUGGGGGAAUGGCUUUUAUAGUCGCACAUUUUUGUACUGUAGUAAUCUGAUCUAUGCCAUGUUGAUAUCCAGGCACAUUUCCCACCUUAAUGACAUUCUUUUAUAAUUUUCAUGUUUUGAAGGCAUUCUUCAGAGGACACUAUAUAGAUUCCCUAUUUCAUUUUUUGUAUUCACACAAUUUCAUGUGAACUGUUGGGAAAAAAUAGUACAGUGGAAGAGUAUUAAGAAGCUAUAAAUGAAUCAUUUUAUGCAAUAAACAUAAAAAAUGAAUACUUUUUCUUUAGAUGAAAUCCUUAAAUGCCAGCAGAACAUUCCUGUAACUACUUCUUCAGUUUUAUGAUGUCCAUAAGUGGGAAAUAUUUACUGGAAGCCUCUAAUUGUUCUUAAGGGAGUAAAAAUUAUUCAAAAGGUUAAAAUUCAGAAAAAUAAAAAGAUGCAAUGAAUUGUAGUCUGUUUACUUGUAAAACACGCUUCCAAAUAAUGUUUCAUGUGACUAGACCUACAGCCCAAUCUUACAACAUGUUCCCUCAGAAAUCUUAUUGCGUAAGUCUACAUUAAAAUGCAUGUCUACUUGGAAGUUGCGUUGAAUGGGACUUACUUCCUGGUAAGUGUGUUCAGGAUUGCAGCCUAAACUACUUAGUUAGCAAGCAUAGGAUUGCAGCCUAUUUUUUUACUCAUUUAUUUUUCAUCGGCUGUACAAUCAUGCCUGAAUGUUCCUUAACCAGCAGACGUUUGUAUUCAGUCAAAAUAAUUCUUGUCUGAAAGCUAAUGCCUUCUGAGGCAAUGGCAAUUAAUUCAAUACAAAAUAUAAAGUUGUCAAAAUUGCAGUCCAGUUCAUACUAAUCUAAGGAAAGAUAAAAAAUCAGGAUUUACUGUUUUUAUUCCUUGCAUUUCCUGUGAACAUUUUCCAAACUUGUACACAUUUUUAAUGUCAGUUUUGAUGCCCAUAUAUGUUAAGAGCAAUUUAUCAUACGUUCAUUUUUUUUUUUAAUGGAAGAAAUCAGUGCAUUUAAAGCAAUCGUGUAAAGCUGAAUCUAAAUUUCUUGUUGCAGGAGUUCCACCAUGCUAAGGAUUUUUAACAUUCCUUUACAUUGUGUCUAAUUUUUUUUCAUACUGUCCCUUGAAGCCAGCUGAUUUAAUUGGAAGGUUUUCAUAUAUAUAUAUAUUUCCCUAAGAAGAUUUUAUAUCUUUGGGGGCGGGGUGUGUGAUGCAAGAUUGCUAAUAAAAAAAAAUGUGAUAAC